AUGUUCGCCGAUUCCGGACGAAAUCUCAGGUUGUUUUUCGACAGGCAGAACAGCCGUGGUAACCCGCUAACAAUCGCCGGAUUCAGGACUACAGCAGUUGUAUCCGUGUUGUAACCGGUAAGUUGGGAGCGGCGAAGAAGGAGGAGUAGGAGGAGGAGGAGGAGGAAGAGGAGGAGGAGAAGGAGGAGGAAGAGGAGUAGGAGGAGGAGGAGGAAGAGGAGGAGGAGGAGGAGGUACCUAUUGAGGUUCGGUUGCUUGAAGACUCGUGUGUUGCCGGUGACUUCACGGUAAUUGUACGGCGACCGUCCGACCGACCGCGUUGUUCGUUCUGUUCCACCUCAUUGCGUGCGUUCCCGUCAACGCAUCGUAAUAAUAUUGUCGUUCACAAGUUAUUGGACGACCCACGUGUGUCAGGCCGUCGUCCACCGUAUCACCCGGUAAGUGCACAAUUAAAAAGAAAAAAGAAAAUAAACUAAAGAUGUUUGGAAGUAAUUCGUUUUGUCAUACAUUUAGACCGAUAAGCUGUAGUAAAUCAAAAAUACAUCCAGUAAUCCAAUUUUGGUAUUAAACAGGUUUUGACUUUGUACACUUCUUUUUUUUGUUUUUAUAGAAAACUUUUUUGACACAGGUACGAGUUUACUUUAAGAAAAAAAAAGGUUAAACUAUUACAUACAUAUACUAUAACUAAAUUAACUACCUACAUAAAAAACGAGUAGAAUAAUGUUUCCUAUAAAACAAAGAUAAGAAGUCGAAUGUUUUCAAAAUUAAAAUUGGGCGAGAUUCGGUGAAUGAAUUUCACUCCAGAUUAUUAGUCUAAAAGGUCAUAUUUGUCCGUAAAACCGGCCAUAUUCCUUCCUCUUAAAUGGGUAGAAUAGUGGAGAAAUCAUAAGAUAUUAUUAAAAGACAAAAAAAUAAUUUUCAAAUUUACAAAAUUAGAGAAAGUUCAGAAAACCCUAUUCAACCUUUUUAAGGAGGUUUAUCAAGUACAAGCUAAUAUAUAUGUUAUAUUAUUAUGCGUUUUUUGUGUCAUCAAUCAGGGCUACAGGGAAGUUAUUUGAGACUUUAUCAUAUUAUAUAGAUUGCAAUAAUAACUUCAAAGCAAAUAAUAUUAUUUAUGAGAAGUUUAUGUGCAAUGACUGCGAUAUCAACUUUGAAUAUUAUCGUUAUCAUAAAUAGUUGCUAAAAAAAUAAUAUUUUCUUGAAUUCAAAAUUGUCGAUUUUGUUAAUUAGUCAAAUAUUUUCAAUCCACUGAUAAUUUUUUGUAAUUUUCGAUUCUGAGCUAGGCGGGGUAUGUAUUGGUUUAUAUUUGUCUUUUCUAGACGUGGUCAAAUUUUCAAAACAUUUUAGCCUUUUUUUAAAACUAUUUAUGGACAUUUUAAUUUUGGGAACUUUUUUACUAGUUUGUAUCCGGUAGGUUUAUUGUGGAUAAAAUUGUUAAACCAAACAGGAAAUCUUAAACACUUUUUUCGUAAUUUGUGGUCAAAAAUAAAAAAAAAACAAUUUAGUGUAGUGUAGAAUUUUUUUUUGUAAUAAUUUUAAUAUCAAAUUUUGAUGAUACCGUAAAUAUUACGGCCUUUUAAAAUAUGUAUAACCGAACUCCAUUUAGAAUUGUUUUUCAUUAGCAAUGACAUUAAUCGUUUUGUACGUAUAUAAAUUAAAUUCACAUCUGUAUCUUACCUUCCCAACUUCUCACCUACAACAGUGGUCUAUUCAUCGUGAAAAGUAUGUCCAUCUUUUUUAUUUUUGUCUACUUGAUCAGAUAAAGCAUAUUAUUAUGUACUCGUAUAGCAUAUCAAAAUAAUAUAUCAAUAUAUUAAGUAGGCAAUCUAUCGAAAAUAUCCAUUUUAUAAAUCUCGUAAAAAUAAAAAUCAAAAGUAAAAUGUUCGACUUUUCAAGAACGCCAUCGUUAUACAUUUACUCUGACUUGUGUCAGUGGUUUAAAAAUUAUAAGGGGCUGUUCUUACGUCCAUGAAAAUAAUUUUUACCAAAAUCAUGCCUUCAUGCAAUUAUUCUAUAGUAUUAAUAAAUCUAUACGUUUUUCAAUACGAUAUUCAUGGUUAAAAUUAUAAAAAUAAAGUUGAUUUAAAACACGAAUUUUGUUACGAUUAAAAAUAAAAAAUAAAAAAAAAAAAUCAUUCGAUUUAGGUAUACAAUUGUAAAUGCUCAUUUUUAUAUUACACUGUGUAAUAGAUGUGCCUUUGUCCUAAAUUCGACUUGAGAUAAUAUCGCAAUUGUUACAGUACGGAAUGCUUUUGUUGCUACAUUAUGCGUCCGAGAUAGAUAGAAUAAAGAAAUAAUUAUGGGGUCUUUAUAAUAUUACAGUAAGCCUAUACGAUAAAACAGUUUGAAAUUAAAUCGUUUUUAAAUGUACUAGAACGGUUUGGCUGAGGAUUUAUUAUGCCUACUCGUCUAUAUAUUAUUACGUUAAAAUGUCUAUAGAAAUAUGAAGACGGUUCAGUGAACAUUUUGUAAACCGAUUUUUUAAAUAAUUUCGUUAUCUUGUUAGAAUUGAAUUGAAUUUGCUUUAUCAUAUUGUUUUAAUGUAAGUAUUUGAUGGGAUAUAAAAAAACAAAUCAAGACGUGUCUUUUUCAAACAACGGGUAAUAAUAAUUAGCCAGGCAACGCACAAAAAAAAAAAACUGAUAUAGUAUUAAGGUUUCUUAAACGCGAUUAUAUAUUUAUUUUAUGAACUGUUUAAAACGCUUAAAACGGUUUUAGUUUCUUAAAUUACCUAGUGCAAGAGUUUUAACUUAGAAAGCAGUUUCGAUGUUUUUAAACUGUUUUAAAGACAAGAAUAAAUUCAGGUUUAAAACAAUUCCAUUUCAAACCAAUUUAAUGCCGUUUUAUUAUAAACUUACUAAUAGACUUGUAAAAUAUAUCCUUAAAAAGUGUUUCGAGUUUACAAUUACAACAGAUAUUAUUUUAAAAUAUAUUUAGAAUACCUAUAAGUAUUUGAGUACUUCACUAAACGAAGAUAUUCGAGUUUGAAUAUAGAUACGUUUAAAAAGUAUUUAUAAAUACUUUUAUCAUAUACUAUUACCCCAUAAGUAGACUUUGAUAUUUUUUUGUACCACUGGAUUAAAUGGCCAAUAAAAGUUAAAAUUUUAAAUCCAUUUAAUUUUCAAAUGACACGGUUUACCAUGGGAUGCGUUUAAAUUUAAUGUAUUAUGGAAUAAAGAAUUUUUAAAAUAGUAAUAAAAGCAUUUGAAAUUGAUAGAUAUUCGAUUUCCAAUACAAAUGUUACUUUUAAAAAAUAUAAUAUCAAGGAUCUAAUUUCCAGUAAAGCAUUUAAAACAUGUAAAUAUUCGAAUACUUUUUUUAGUGGUCGAAUAUUUUGAUUUAAAUACUUUUAAAUACUGCGGUCAAAGUUUCAAAAUAAUUAUUAACGAUUGUUUCAGCUAUAAGUAUCCGAAAAUAAGAUUGACCUAAUCGUUAUAAAUUGCGUGUGAAAUUAAAUGAAAAAAAAAAUAUAUAUGAAAUAAAAUAAAACACUCGGUUGUCGUUACGGUAAUAAUAAUUAUAUUAGACGAAAUUACGUUAUUUUUACUACGUAACUUUACUAUAUUUAAUGUUCUCUUUCUGAAACGAAAAUCAAAAUUCAAAUUAACGAUAAUCGAUAGGUUUAUUAUAUUGUAAUAAUAAUUUUCGUCCAUGAAAUAUCGAAAACCCUACAGAAUUGCAACAUUAUAUGAUAAUUAUUAUGAUGUGUUGAGUAACUUGACAAAAUUAAAAGAAUUAACUCCUGUUUGUGUUCGAUUCUGUUGGAGAUUCCUGGUCCUGUAUGGGACGCCUCGAGAUUUUAGUCAUUUCUGUGGGUGCGAUGUUAUGUCCUUAUGAAGUGGUAGAUUUGGAUUUGAAUCGUUAAUAUAUAAUAUUGCAAACGAAUACAGUAAUGGUCACAUAUUAUUCAGGGUGUAUACACGAAUAUAAUAUGAUCCAAUAUCUUAAAAGGUAGUAAAUUUGUUUAUAAUUUUUAUUUUUUUUACAAUUCAACUAGCUCUUAAAUGUUGUAUUAACAUAAUUUUUAUCGCCCAUAUUUGGGUGAAUCGACUAAUUUUGAUUUUCAAAUGGCAACCUAUAAUAAAAAUUCCAAAAAUAGACAGAGUAUUAGUUUAGAUACGUUUUGAUGUUGAAUGUUUUGAUUUCCGUCAAAUGGGUGAUAAAAAAUAAAGGUAAUGUAACAUUUUAGAGCUACUUGUUUCUUAAAUUUUCAUACAAAUAAAAUAGUUAAUAUUUUCUAAGAUAUCGCAAUGAUCAUUCACGAGACAUAUAUUUUCGUAUAAUAUUAAUAUAUUUAUUGAUAUUGUUUACCUAAUAAAUAAAUAUGUAUUCUAAUAUGUAAUUCUACUAUAUCGAGUGAGACUAAAAUACAAUAAUAUUCUAAAGAAGUUCAUAAAUUAUAACACACCGAGUCUCAGUCACACUGGUCAGCAUUAUUAUAGUUUUGGUAGAAAGUGAUAAACACGCCGCCGAUCGUCUCUGCACAUUUAAAAUCCCACGCAACAAAUGUUCGUGACCUCCAACAAUUUCCGAUAUCUUUAAUUCUACGUGGGAUUUCGUAAUAGUCGAAUCCAAGGAUAGAUAAUUUUGAAUUACAUUUUUGUUUUUUUUUUUGGGGUGGGGGGAGAUUACAAGUGAUACACGCGUUACAUAAAUGUUUGUCAUGAAAACAUAUUUCGUAAAUGCUUUUAAAAUUGGUAUUUCUAAUAUUUUAUUUUUGAAAUCUUCGGCCAAUAUUUUUAGCUUUUUAAAAAUUGUAUAUAAUAUUACAUAAUGUAGUUCCACUAUCAGCUCUCUAUAUAUGUAUACAUCGCUCCAUAACCAAUUGCGUUCCCAGGAAUUUUCAAUGGAUGUAACGUAUAAUAUAAAUAAUAAUCAUGAUUCAUUAAUAAAUCGUAGAAUUUUCUUUUGUCAUAGGUACCUAACUUAACAAUGAGAAUUUAAAAGCCGAAUACAAUAAAUGCAAUAUUUAUUCAACAAAAUAAGGUUUUUUUUUCUUUUUAACUACUUGGUUGAAAUUUAUCUUUUCAAGAUAAAAUUACUAAAUAAAUACUCAUAUUUACUUUAUUUUUAAGUUGAGGUUGUAAAACUCAGUUAUAAAGGGUAAUCUGAAGGGCAUACAGACGCAUGUGCCGCGAUCUUUUUUCAACGUACCUAUUUUUUAAUGUGUAUUUAAUUUGUUAUAUUAUAUUUUUAUACGUAUUUAUGUAUUGUUAUUAUUUCGUUUUAAUGCGCCCCCCUUCUGUGGAAGAUAUUUGAAACCAUUAUUUUAUUCGGUAAUUUAUUAUUAUUAUUUCUAAAGUUAAAAUUCAAAUUCCCGUUACAAAAAUUACAGGUAAUAAGUACUAUACAGAAGGAUUUUUUAUAAUUCGAACUGCACACAUUAAUUUCCAGGAUACAUAUUCAGUGCUAGGUAUCCAGAUUACACAUUAUUUUAAGCCCUGAUUCAGUGGGUGGUACACUUAUAACUUCAGAGUUAUGUUUAUAUAUAAUAUAUCAUUGGAUUCGUAACUGUCCAGUGGCCAGGCAUAUAAACUUUGCAUAACAAUGUAUUAGGUUUUUAAACUUUUAUAAUAAUGUUCGGAUCUAAACUAUAAAUGAACGUCUGAGUGGACAAUAUAGGUAAAUAAAUGAUAAAAUAAAAUGAAAAAUGUACCAAAAGAAAUGAAAAUAUAAAUAUUAAUAUGGGAGAUAUUUUUGCAGUAAUAUUUUAACCUGAAAAAAGCGAUUGCGAGGACAGAUGAAGUGAACGAGUGUGUAAAAAAAUAUUGACAAACUUUGUAUAUUCGUAAAAAUAGGAAAAAGUACAGGGUAUCAGGAACUAAAAAAAUGAAAAUCUUAGAAAAUGUUGAUAUCAAUAUAUUUUUGAGGUAGCUUGUUUUGAGCUAGGUCUUUUUUUUGUAUUUUUUUGGGGGAGAGGGAUGGUAUCUAUUUAUACAAAAUAAAAGUGUAAAGUAUAAUAACUCCAUUGGCUUAAUUGGAUGUAAUAUAAAAUAUAAAAUUAUAAGUUAAUCUUUCUGUAUUAUUUUGCAAUUUUUGCAUUUAUUCACCACGUCAUUGUCAUAAGAUUAAAAUUUAAACCGUAGUCAUCCCAGUCAUCCUUCGAUUAUAAAAAUUAGUAGUAAACACCUACCACAUGGAUUUCCACCCAUAGUUGAGCCUAUUCUCAACUGUUCAAGGUCAAUAUUAAACCAUUACAGGAACUAAAUCGUCGUAUAAACAACAAGUAUUUUAGAUAAUAUAGGUAUACCUACUUAGAUUUAUAUUUUUAUUUGAAUUAUACAUAUAUAUAUAUAUAUAUAUAUAUAUAUAUACAUUUAUUUAUUCAGGUAUAUUGAAUACAUUAAAAUUUAACAUUAUAAGUCAUUAAAAGUAAAUGUUCGCGUAAAGUCAUCAAAUAAUAAUUUAAAGGACCAUCCAAGGAAAAACAAAAAAUAAAAACACGCGGGGUAAAUUGUUAGUAUCUACUUGAUGUUGAGUUAAAAUUAGGUAACAAAAUAAAAAUAAAAAUUAAAAAUCAUCUAUUCAUCAGGCUGACUUAUAUUUAACUAUACAAUCAUUUAUGUAAUUUACAACUCAAAUUUAAAAUUUUUUUUUCAUACCUAUAUUAUAUUAUUGUAACUAAGACGAUUUUUUAAACUAUAUGAUACCAAAAUUGUACUUUCAAAUAAUAAAUAUUAAUUUAUAAAUAAACCCGCUUCAACAUCUUCAAUAUUUUUACGUUAUUUCAUUUAUUUUUAUUUCAGACAUCUCUAUAAUUACUAAAAACGCAAGGAUCUAAAAAACUAUGUAGUUAAUUGAUUUAUAAUUAACUAACUUACUUACAGUUUUCAAUUUUGGUGGAUAUUUAAUUACAUAAUUUAUAUUGUAUACAUUUUUCCGUGUUUAUAUUAAAACCGUAGCGCGAAUUCUAUUGGCACAUUCUGUAUUAAUAAAUAUACAGAUAGGGAUUUUGUUUAAAUUGGACGAUAAAAACACCUUUUGAUUAUGUUUUAUAGGCUAUUUAUAAGCAUUUGAUGUUUUCGAAUUUUCUAAGUUUUUAUUUAGUUUUAUGUCAAUACAAUUAUUUUAACGGAGCAAAAAUGCUUGAAAAUUGAAUACAAAGUUCAUUGUAAGUUGCACCUAGUGGCCAAAAGAAAAAAAUUGAGGUUAACAUAUAGUAGAUAGUUUGGCGGAUAGGUAUACGGCGAACUUACAAGUUGAACUUGGUGCCUUUGUUGGUAAACGAAAAGAAGUUUACGGUUUAUUUUAAAACCAUUUUAAAUUGUUUACUCAUAUUACAUAUAUCUUAAAUAAGUAUAUAUUUGUGUUUUUCCAAUAGGAACCCCCUUUUUUGAACACUGAUUCGAAUAGAGAAUAUUUUUCUUGUCAUUUUGAUAUGCAUACCACUGAUAUCAGAUUUAUGGUUUAAGCCUAUAUUUACUAUUCAAAAGGAUAGGAGGUUUCUAUUUGAAAACCAAAAUAGUACGUACUUAUUUAAGGUAUAUGGAGUAGGGCUAAAAAUUAAAAAUGGUUUUGAAAUAUAGAUUAAACGGUUUCAUAAUGAUCAAAACAAAAAUGUCAAAUUCACUUAAAUCCUCAGAGAAAAUUGCUGGCUGAUGAUAAAAAAAAUAUGAUAGUAGAUAAUAAAACCCUUUAUACAUUCUUUGCGCUUUAAUAGAAAAAUAAACACGUACUAUUAUCACAUGUGCCAAACUCGAUAAUACACACUUACAUAUAUAAACAUCGUCAAUGAAUCGUAUAAUUAAUACAACUAAUAGGUACGAGAAUAAUAAUUAAUCUCGUAUUAUUCAUAUGCAAUGACAAUAACUUUGACUUAAGCGUAUCAAAUAUAUGAUAUUUAUACGCAAUAAUAAAAUAGUGUACAACUGUUCGAAUUCGACUCGUAUAUAGUAUUUAAAUUACAUAUUAUGUUAGCCUAGAAUAAAUAUCCGAGAAAAUUAAUAAUUCAUAUUAAUUAAAAUAAUUGCGAAAAAUGUCACUUAAAAAAGAAAUUAUUAUAAAUAUUCCAUUAACAAAGGUGCAUCGAAAUGAUAUUUUCAACUGCUGCAGUAAAUAUUUAUUUAUUAUUUAUACCACUAUAAGUACCUAACACCAUUGCAAUGUAUUCAAAACAUAAUAUUGACAUUGAACGUAAUUUUCCGUAUAAAUAACUGUAUGAGUAAAUAAAUUAUUUUAUGUGUAAAUAAUGGUUAGAAAAAAAAAGUAGUAUAUACUAUAAUAAAAUAAUAAUUAUGGACUUCAAAUGUGUUGUUUUUAUUAAAUGUAAAAUCUGCAUACUUGUUUUGCAAUAAAAUUAAAUCGAUUAAAAAAAAAGAGCUGAUACUGAGGAUGGAAGCCGGCUACUGUUGUUGGUGAAAAGUUGGGAAGGUAGGAUACAUAAAGUUAUUUCAUUUUUAUCUGUAAGCCACGAUAAACCAGUGUUUGACAAAAGACGAUUCCGAGCACAGUUCGGUAAUAAUUUGAAGUGUCAUAAUUUUUUGUUUGCGAUUUUUGUUUGAACUUUAAAACGUUUAUUAAAAAAAAAAGUGGUCCGAUGGUUUUGAAAAUUUGUCCACGUCUAGGUAAAUUAAACAUAAGUAUUAUUAUCAAGUUUUAAGACUCUACGUGUAUUUAUAACGGAAUCACAGCAAAAACUCCCAACAAUUAAAAUUCCUUGAAAGCUCAAAAGUGACUCAAAAGUUUUGGUGAUGAUACAGUAAGAAAGUAAAUUAAAAAGGCGAAAAAAUAGGUAUCUUGUGAUUUUUCGAUUAAAUCAUUCUUUUUGGUAGAAAACUUCGUCCAUGUAUUAUAAAAUAAUUUAAUCGUGAAAUUUUACGUUUUCCUACGUUUUUUCCCACUUAAGUGCUUUUAUUUAAAAAAUAGUGUCUAAAAUCAAAAAAAAAAAAAUUACUUUUUGAAAGUACCAUUUAGGUAACUUUAGUUUUCAGAAAAGGUGCUAUCCGUAAAAAUCGGAGCAAGUUUACUAGAAAAAACGUGUCCAUAGGCUAGAACAAUGAACAAAGAAGAAAUAAACGGCAUUCUUAAACCAAUAGCUCCCUCGCUACGUUCAGAAUCUAAAAUAAUAGGUAUAUAUUUGAAACACAUUUUGGGUAUAAAAUUAAUUUUGAUAGAAAUUUAAAAGAAAAAAAUUUUUAUAAAAUUUACAUCCAGACGGAUUAAAUUUACCAAAUAUCUAUAUUAUAAUUCGGUAGCUUAGUGUGAGUAUGACGAAUGGGCAAAAAAAAUAAAUUACAAUAUUUAUGAACGUUAGAUUUUUGGUGUUUUUUGAAAUAAACUUAUAUUUUUCAGUUUCCAAUUUUUGAUGUUUAUUCGUUAAUUUUCUUUUUUUUCUCAUUUUAUUUCAAUGAGUAUAUUUUUAAAAAUUUUAUAUUUUGCGGUAGCUAGGAAUUUAUUGGUUUUAUUAUGACGCGCGUUUUUAUUUUUAUUCUAUUAACUUAUCUACCAGAAAUCAUGCUCCAAUCAAAAAAUGACAAGUAACCUUUCUUGUUGAAUUUUGGACUAGUUAGUAGCUAGAAGUCAUUUUUUUUUUAUAUAUAAAGUAGUUUUCUUAAUAAUUGAGAAAUUCGGUUGAUAAUUAUCGUAAAGACUAAACAUUUUCAAAGAAUACUUAUAUUGGAGCUUAUUUUAUAUAUUUAAAACUUUAACUUUUCACGAAAAUCUAUAGUAUAUUUCCAAACGUGUAUUACGAAACUUAUUCAGAAUGGUUUUUUGUUAGCAUUGUUUUUUGAUUGUGUACAGUCGUAUAGAUAUAAAUUAGAUUAAUGUAUGUGUCCAACCUUCUUACUUCUCACCUACAAUAAUGAUACACCCAUCCCCAGUAUCAGUUUUUUUUUUUUUUUUGGCAUUGGCAAUUCUUUCACCAAGCCACAGAGUUAUAUAAAUCACUUUUCUCUUUCGACGAGCAUUAUUAUGCAUUACUUUUUAUAUUUGCAAAUGCUUAUAAAUAGUGUGAUUUUGAUUUUCAGUUAAAUAAAAUAAGGAUAUAAGAUGUAAAACGGUGGCUCUCGUCAUUUUUCGGGUCCAGAAAAGCUUUCUUGUAACUGUGCAACUUUGGUAGUACUAAUUUUCACACAUAUUAUUAAGUCUACGUGACUUAAUUAAAAUUUUUAACUGUACAAAAAGAACCUAUUUUUUUCAUUAGUAAGUUUUCAGACUCAAAUUAUUUAUGAAAUCUGUUUUUGAGAUAAAUUAAAUAUUCCGAGUGAUCAGUGAGUCAGUCCCAUUAUUAUAACGCAUUAUUUUUAUAACACAAAACCGGUUUUGAAUAAUAAUAAUAAUAAUAAUAAUAAUAAUAAUGAUAAUAGAAAAGGAAUAAAAAAUUGAAUAUACGAGUAGAUAAUAUAAUACGCUGUUUUUAUUUGUAUUUUAGCGUUUUAAAAAUAUAGUUAUACUCCGUCCGUCGCGAGAGAACGCAUCUGGACGGUGACUAAAGGUCAUCCUAUACACAAACCGGUGGCCGCGUUGUUGAAGAAUAUGCCAACGAUAUGCGGCGGGGCUCGUUUAUUUGAAUGCCCGUUCCUCGGUAGACACAGAAUAUAUGAGAAUCGUUUAAUGGUUUUAAAGAACCGGAUAUAUUUUUGCGUCUGCAAUAUCGUUACGCGUUAGAUUUUAUAGUGUACGGUUGAUUUUCAAAACACGGCGAUUAAGCGUUUUAUUAUUUUUAAUUUGUUCUGUGUUGUUUUUUUUUUUUUUUACUAGAAAUAUUGAUCCGAUUUUCUACUGUAACAUAUUUCCUAAAAGAAAAACCUGUAAAAACAGAAAAAUGUACGCUAUCCGUCGAUUUCCGUUAUUUUAGAUUUUUGGUUUUUUUGUAACGAUUCAGUAAAAAACAAUCGUGCAGACCUGAGAUUCGCACGCACAAUCUCAUAUAUGUAUAUUAAAUACUGACACUGGCCUUUUAUAGACGCGGUAAUAUAUUCAAAACUAUUUUGAGCUGUUUUAAUUGACAUCAUUUUUGAAAUUUGAUUGGUUUUAUUUCGGUUUAUGUAGGUAUAAUUGUAUUGAUUGAACAGAAAUACUUGAUAAUUUUAUGAAAAGGUUAAACAGGUUUUAUGUAUUGGUAAAAAAAAAAAAAAAAAAAUUGUUUUGUAUAAUUUAAUAUAUAUUGUCUCUGUAAAUAUUUAAAAUUUAAAUUAGAUAGGAAAUUUUAUAAUCGAAUUUCAGAUUAAACCAACUUUGCCAUUGAAAUUUAUAAUUUUAUAUACGGCAUGCGACGUUUUAAUAAUGUUCUACCACAGGUUAAUAUUAAUAUAUUAUGUAUUAAUACUCCGGAUUCUAUUCAUGGGAUUUUUAACACAGGUUGACAUUUGAAAAUCAAAAUUAGGUAGUCGAUUCACCCCCGAAUAUAAGAGUGAUAUACAUAAUGGUAAUGUAACAUUUUAGUGCUACUUCUUUUCUCAAAUUGUAAAAAAAUAAAUAAAAAAUUACGAAAAAAGUUAUCUUUCCGAGAUAAUGAGUGUCUUGUGUUACUUCUCUAUACGUAGGCAAUGCGUUGUCGGCGCGUGGGAUACGUACCAUAUUUUUAUAGUUUUUUUUUUUUAAAUAGAAUAACAAAAAAUUACAAACGUUACUUUUAGGGGCGUUUUCGACGAAAAAUCAUAAAGUAAUUUUUAGCGCUAUUUUUUUUUUCACGAUUUCAAUGGUGUUAUUAACACCUUAAAAAACAUGCGCGAACUCGAUACGAAAAACGAUUACUUGUUAUUCGUAUUACUGUUAUUACUCGGGACGUUGGCCCGAGUGGCCGACGACGACGAAAACGUGUUAAAUCCGCACACUCGACUCGGCACGUUUAUUAUUAUGAUUGUGUAUUUAUUAUUGUUACUCUGUUCGAGAAAUGCCAUUCGGUAGUCUCGACGGCGCGACGGUUUAUCGUGCACAAGGUCACCUCGGUUGCGCUGUAACGUACCCAUACCUUGACCCAAUACGUGUCGUCCAAAUCAAAUCAUACGCGACUUGCGCCACCCGGACUGAGCGCGCGCGCGUGCGGGGUGCGAAUUGACAUUCGCCUCGUUGGCGACCGAUGACGUCCCGUGUCAUCGCUUUGGCAGUGGCCCGUCGUGUCGGCACCGGCAUCAUCGGUAAUGCGCAAAAGGGCAAAUCAACUAACGGAAAUCGGUGCACAAUAAUAUUGAUGGCAAUCUUGGAGAUCUUUGGUAAUCUUGCAGGCAGUAGCGUGCUCAGGAAUUAUCAAUGGGAGGGGAUGUAGCAAACAAGAAUCACGAAUAAACCGUAAAUUAACCUUCUCUACCCAAAUUGACUGUGGCAAUUGGUAAUUUAAAAGCCAGAUUCUAAAAAAGUCCAAUUUCUAAUCAAUACGUCAAGAUUUUCCUCGUAACUUGGCUGAAAUAUAUGCAUUUCGACAUUAGAUUACUCAUAUUUUGUUUGUAUUUGAAGCCAAUGGGGCGAUAUAACUACUAACCUCCCCCCCUGCGCACGUCACUGCUUACAGAAAAUCUCGGUGUUCUGAAAUCUGGUGUACGUACGAGAAUCAGUAGUAUCAGCGAUUUACCCUCUGGUCUUGCGUGUAUAACCGCAGUGCUCGAAUUAGGAAACAAAAACGAACGAGGAUGGUCACUGGUUUUAGUUUAGAAACCAUCAUCGGGCCCGUCGAUUAUUUCAUGCCGGAUAAAUAUUACAGCGAUCCGUACGGGAUUUUGAGUUUAAAAGGUAUUUUAAACAUUUGUUGCUAUAUCAACAUCUAUAUUAUUAAUUAAUAAUACCUAUUUAUUUACCUUGUUAAAUAAAAUAAAGUAUAGAUUAAAAAAAAAAAAUAUUAAUUAUAAUAUCGAAUUAAUUCCCCUCCUCCCCCCGAAUAACCAAAUUAUAAUUUUGAAGAAUUAUGUAAUAAACAUUUGUUCUAUACGAAUAAGUUACUGAGUUAAUUAAUUGAAAUGAUACGUUAAAAUCUAUAAAAACGCGAUAGUGAACCCCAUCCGUCUACUCUCCUCACCCCCUUCAAUUCGAGCAAUAUGUUUAGAUAGCAUUGUGGGUCCGAAAAAAAAAUGUCGGGUUGGGAAUGACCUUUUAUAACUUCGUGUCAUGUGUCUUGUGCCCCAGAUAUGGAAUAAACGCUUCAAUAGGCUCUGUAUGCAAUAUCUGCGAUUAAAACAAACAGAUUUUAAUUCAGUCGUUUCGUUUCUCAUGCAUGAUGGUUUUAUCUGGGACACGCUACAUAUUAGGCGCAGAAUAAUUUUGUUGACAUAUCAGCUGUUUAUUUAGUCAUGGUGUUAUUGUAAUGUUUUAUAAUACACCGGGAAAAGUCUUCUGGUUAAAAUCGUAUUGACGGAUAGAAAAAAAAAAUUGCAGAAUCUAAAAAAAAUAUAUAUAAGUAUAAAAUAACAUGACUAUGCAGUUUGUGGAUUCUACGAGGUUUUAUAUAAUAUAUACUAUGGCGUUUUAUUCCGUAUCGAUUUUUGGCCGCUAUUCACUAUCCUAAGCCCUUAAAGAAUUUGUAUUUAUACACGGUCGUGACGACUAGAUUUUUUUUUUAAAUAUAAUUUCUCGUAAACAUUACUCACAAUAAUUGUGUCCACCUAAAAUUGAAAAAAUAAAAAAAAAAAAAGAAAAAACGACUAUUACCACGAAUAAGGUACUAUAAAUAAUGUACGCGCUUUGGAUAAAAAAGUAUAUAAGUUAUCCCCGAUCGGUCAAGGAAGACGGGAAUCAAUCAGCGGAUUGACGGGGAAUCGUUAAAUCGUAGAUAUAUCGCCUGCUGCAACAACAAAAAAAAGGUCGUAUCUCGAUUUAUAAAAAUAUAUGAAAGUAUAUAUACUAGAUAUAGUAAGAUUAUAUAUUGGGUUGGAAUAAUAUUGUUCAUUACAUAUAUUUUUCAAACGAAUAGGCCGUCGCCACCGUCAUCAUAGGAUAUUAUGAACUUUUGACGUACAUUGUCGCACAUAACUAUACGCAUUACGAAAUCCCAUAGUAUUGCAAAUGUUACCAUCAUCGUAAAAUAAAAAUGUUGUAUCAAAACGAUAAUGAUAAUAAUAGAACUGAUACUGAUCGGCCAGGAAUUUAACGUAGUUAACAAAUUUAAAGAAAAAUGAAACAAUUUUUUUUCAUUAUCGCGGUUUAUCGAUAUCACUAUUUAAUAUCUCAAAUGGAUUUAAGAUAAAUAUAUUCUUAUCUAUCUCGUUGACAGUUAUAUCAAUAACCGUGUGGCUUAACAAAAUAUACCUAUUUAUUACUAUUUAUUAUAGUUUUUGAUAUCAAUAAUUAAUCUUUGAGAUCAUAAUAUUUUUAUAAAAUACGAACAUUGUUAAGAAAUUUGCAUUGUUAUAAUGGCCUUAUUGUAAAAUGAUUUUUUAUGAUCUUUACCGUUUUAUCAUAUACUUGUAAUCAAUAAACACGACCGAGGAGGAGGUUUGUUUCUACACCUAGAACAACCCCCCUCGCUAUGCCACUGAUAUCGAUAUAACAAUAAUGGUGAUGAUCUCCGCGCUGGUUAAAAAACGCUGCACGCUGACGGGCCGAGUAUUAUAUUAUUCGUAUGUCGGCGAAAAAUCUGUAAAAUAUUCGAAAACGACUAAUACUAUUACAUGAUCGAAAACACUGCGAAACGCUAAUAAUAAUCUGUGGUGUGCGCAGGGUGGGGAGAUUAUAGAGGUUAUACGCCUCAGUCAUUUAUUUUAAAAUACAACAACAAUAUAAGAGUUUAUUCGGUAAUUUUAGGUUGAAAUCGUAUAAUUUAGCUGAAAAAAAAAAAGGUCAAUUUUAUUGAAUAAAACGUUUAUAUCCCCAUUGUCACGAUGUAUUAAGUAUUUUGUAACAGAAAAAGAUUCUACGGAUGCACUUAAAUUCCGUCCUGUAUCCCCUGCGAUGCCAACACGAUAUUCUGAAUUCCGUCCCGGUAUAUUAUAUUAACUAUAAUAAAAAUAACAAAUAAAAAAAAAACAUUUAAAAAUGUUGGUUUAAUAGUCCAAUAUUACACACAAGAAUUUUUCGCCUUUUGGGACGGAAUUUCGAUGUUUUAAUGGGCACGGUAUUCUGCUGUUCUUCUAUUCGUGAUUCGUGAUUAUGUUAUUUACUGUACGUCCCUUCCCAAUUGAAAAUUUUCGGGCACGUCACUGAUGAUAGUAAUAUAAAAAAUCACAGCGGUAAUUUGACGUAAACAGAAGACUGAGGACACUUACGGAGAGUAGAUAUAUUGUAUAGAGAUAGAGUGUAAACUAUGGUCGCGGAUUAUUGGAUGCCGUUAAAAAAAAAAAAAAAAAAAACUAAUUAAAUUACAUAUUACACAUGAGUAAUAAUAGUAUUAUGGAUAAUAAUUGCAUUUAGAAAAUUACAUAUUGUUGCGUAAUUUGUAAUACUAUCAAAAGAAAAACGCGUUACAUUGUAAUGUAAAAAAAAAAAAAUAUACAAUCGUCCGUUAUUGCCCAGUAUGGGAUUUUUAAACGGGCCUCGUUUUGCAACACCGUGACCCGACCACGGAUUUUAAUUUUGACCGUUUGUACGGCGCCCGAUGACGAGAGCCGUAAAAUCGUCUCUUAUUUUCUUCCAAUCUUCUUUAUCGUCGCAUUUUCUCGCACAGCGGUGAAUUUUUACGUAUACGUACCUAUAUGCGUAUAAUACGAUACUGUGAUAAUGCAAAUUAUACUGUUGUACGUCUUAUUGUCGUAUUCGCAUCGGAGGACAUUAUGUUUUCGUUUUACAAUUGUCAUUAUAUCACCUGUUGACCUAUAGUAUAUUAUGCAUGUCUGUUAUUUACGGCAUUGCGAUGAACGAUCGAAAACGAAAUUAUUCGUUGAUCGUGAAAGAGGACAUUUCCAUAUAGUACUAUGACAUUAUAAUACGUUUUCUAUAUAUAUAGCAAUUAAAUGUACGCACUUGCGGCACACAAAUUAGAUCGAGGUCGUAUAUUAUAUUGGUUCCACGAUUUGUUAAAAAAAAAAAUACCUAUUGUCGCGCAUUUUAUAAAUUGAAAUAUGAAUUUAAUUACAAAUAAACAAAAAGAAAAGAAAGAGUAAAAACUUUUUUUUUUCGGAUUCGAUAAAACGAAGACCUUGAUCCGAUUUGUUGAUCUUUUGACGGAUUUCGCAUUGUUUGGUUUUGUAAAAAGCGAGUGCAAUGCCGUUGUUUUCACAAAUGUAGACACAUUUCAAUUAAAAGAAAACAUUAGAGUAUAAAGGUAGUGGUCGCUAUGAUAUUAAGUAGAAGUUCGCUAGCUGCUGUCGCGAUGUCCUUGCCGUCUGUAAAUAAUUCCAUGCGUGCGCGCGCGAGUAAAAAAUGCGAGUGACAAUAAAUAUAUAUGUAUAAGUAGGUACGAUAUAUUUUAGAUUCUUAGCGUAGCCCGCGGGUAUUGGUUUUACCUUUGUAAUACAUACUUUGUUUAUUUUUUUUUUUUUUUUAUAUUCCCGUCUAUACACAAACGUUUAUUCUAACACAUAAUUACCCGAAUUAUAAUGAUAACAUAGCUAGAAAUAAAUUUGAUUGCGUAGAUUAUUGUACAGAAAACGAAUUAUUAGACAAGGGGCGUCACUGGGUGUCAAUGGUAUCUCCUCGAGUAUACUAAUAUAAAUAGCGGAAUAUAUUUAAAAACAAAUCACACUGGUACGUUUAAUAAAUGUAAGCUUUGAAAAUGGAGUGUUCUCAUACAUAUAUAAAAACUCGACAGAACUCCUAGUUUAUAAAACAGUCGAUGCCAAAGAGUCGUCAAUUAUUAUCGAUUGUAAGAGACAAUGUCAAAUACUGUAAGGUUCAGUUCCUAUAUGCAGGUUCCCAGUAUAGAAAAACGUCCAAUACACAAUCAUUUCCAUUGAUAAUAUGAUCAUAUUUGUAUUCCAAAUGUAUUUUAUUAAUACCCAGUUAUUACUUAUUGUACAUAAUGUCCAAUUUAUGACGAUCUAUUAUCCUUAUGAGCGUUAUAAUUUUAAUCUGUAUAAAAUGUAAAAUAACAUCUCUUCAAUUUUAAGUUUUUCAGAAUUACAAAAUUAACACAUUUAAAGUAAUAUUAAUGAUCAAACUAAAAUUAUUAUUAAACAUUAAUACAAUAAUGAUAAAUAAUAAAAAAAACUAUUGUUGACAAUUAACUAUUUAUUUUAUUAAUGAAAAAAAUAAUGUAAAUUAUAACAUUAUAAUUCAAUUUUUGGGAUUGAAAUCUAAACAAAAAUUAAAAUUACAAUGUAUUAUUUUUUAAAUUACCCUAUUAAGUUGAGCUUGUCACCACGAAUAAUGUUAUUGAGUUGUUAGUACACAAUGUAACUUAAUUAUAAUAUAUAACACAAAUUAUAAUUCAGAUAACAACUAGUUAGCAAUGGCUUUUUUUUAUUGGAUACAUACUUAUUCUAAUUUACACUAAAAAUAAUUUUUCAAAGAAAUAGCGGCAUAGCAUGUAAUGUUGAGUUUUGCAAAAGACGUGAUCCAAAUACGUGGAAUUACAUAUUGGACGUAUUCUAGUGCAUAAACCUACAAAUUAUUUAAAACCGUAUUCGGCCAACAUAUCUGUAUAGUCAUUAUGUAUAUUCCCUAUAAUGUCAACGCUCAUAUCUCCUAUUAAGAAAGAAUAACCCUUAUCUUGGUUUUCUUUAUCAAUAAUGUUCUGUAAUUGUACACUAAAGUCGAUAGCGUUACUGCCGAUAAUCUGUAUAUACAUUAAAAUAACAUAGGUUUAUUAUUUAUACACAAAGACAUAACUUUGAUAUAUUUUUCAACAGAACCACAUUUAAAAAAAAAAUAUUAUUAAACAACACUUUAUUAUUAUACCAUCAUUGUGAUUACGUUUAGUGGACGAAAAAUAUGUAUAACUGCAGAGGCAGAAACAAUACAGUCAAAUAUAGGUCUCUAAUAAUUUCGGCGAAAAUUCCACAUAAACAGGACCGAAACAGCAGAUAUUCAGAAUAUCAGGAACCUGUCUACAUUUAAUAUGGUUUACUAAUAGAGCAGAAUAUAUUAAGUACAUUACAAUUUUUUUCCUAGUUGACAACCCACCUUUUGAAAAUCGCAGAGGCAUCGUAUCCCAUUUAUAACCUAACCCCAUUGCCCUGUUGUUCUGCUGUAACCUAACCGCAAGGAUCACACUACUAUAUUUAUGGUCCACGCGAUGCAAAAUAUUAUCUGAAACAAUGACAUAGAAACGAAGAUUGACUAUCUUCGUCUUUAAUCGUGACCAGAAAAGUUUGUUUACGAUUACGGUCCACGUAAUAUAAUCAUAGUUCACGGUCGACGGAAUAAUAAUAAUAAUAAUACUAUUAAUAUUAUUAUGAAAACAAAUUAAGUAAUAAAUACUAAUAUAACGCGGAUAAUAUUAUAACCAUAAACCAGUACGAGUAUUUUGUUUGAUAUUGCUGUAUUGAGCCUUAUUGUAGCACUAACAACGUGCUAUUUAUAAAUAAACAAAUUUCGUCUCACUGACGUUGGGCAAUGAUAUUUUUUUUUUAUAACCUAUAUUUGUAUUUAUUUAUUUAUAUUUAUUCAUUUUAAUUUUUUUCAUAUAGUUAAUAAUAUAGGUAAUAAUAAUAAAUACAGUAUUAUCCAUAAUAUAUAAUAUCAAAUACGCCGAUGUUUCUUUUUCUUUACCGAUCCGAUCCAAUGACAUAGUCAUACGACAGUACCCAUAUAAGUAUCAUUUCAUUAUUUAUAUAAUCCUGUUGGAAACUCGUUUUUCGAGAUUUGUUUUUCGUGGCAAACGAGAUUUUACUGCAAUAAAAUCUAGAAUUAUGAGUCGUAUAGAUUUCUGCAACGACCACGGGCCUUGGGAAUAUGGAACAUUGAUUGACCACAUUACCGGUAUAUUGUCUGAAUUUCCGACAUUGGUGCUAACAUAAAAGGUGUCCCACGAAAAUAUGCCUAUUGCAAUAUCUCCUGAGGUAAUAAAGAUGAUCAAAUCCUGUUGUUUAGAUUCUAAGCAGAACGAGGAAUGUAUUGGUUUUACAAUGAUGUUUAUUUUUUUUUCCAUGAAAACUUUUCUACCAGAAAUGUUGCUCCGGUUUUCAAGCGUAGCACUUUUUCUGAAUGGCCAUUUCUUGAAUUUUUUUUUAUCAGAAAUCGUUUUUGUAAUAUUAUUAUAAUUUAAAUUAAUUAUUUUCAAAUGCAUUAUACCUAGCUGUAUUUUUAACACAUGAUUAUUUAUAACCGCAUUUUUGUUAGAAAUAUAUAAUAUGUUUCAUGUUUAAAAAAAUUGUUUUAUUGCAUAUAAAUUCGUUUUCUUACCGUGUCAAUAUGGUUUUCGUUCAAGUAAUUUUAAUUGUCUUACAUUUUCGAUUUAACGACUUUGUUCUAAGUAUUGUUUUGUAUUCGAGUAGGUUUUGGUGAAAAAAAAUAAUUUUUGAUUCAAACCUAACAUGUUACAAUUAUUUACAAUAAAUUAUGGAAACGUUUAAAAAAAAAACAUGCGCGCAGAUUAUCUAUGAAUAAUAGUAUUUAAAAAGAAUAAUAAUAUUAUUAUUGUAGUCUCGCGGAGAGUUAACGGACUUUCACAUUUUUGCCACGAUGUCUUUAACUCGAUGGGUAAGUACUUACACUUUUUUUUAUAAUGUUUAUACUGCGAACAAACACACACGUACCUAUAUGUCUAUUAUAUUAUCAAUAAUAAGCAAAUAGUGAACCAAUUAUUGCGCAAUCGAUUGGUUAAAAAUAGUAUUGUAUUUUCGUUAAUAUUUAUUCAAUAGCAGAUGAGUGUGUAUAGGAACAAGAGAUUUGCAGAGUCACGUUAUAAACGUUAUUUGUUCAAAGAUUUCGUACAUAAUAUAGUCGUCGCUUUUCAUAAAACGUAACACACUUGUACUAGAUCGUUCUUCUGCGGGCAUUUAAAAAAGAAAAAUAAAUUUCGUAAUCUAUUAAUUAUGAUUUGGCUUAUGGUUUUUUACAAAUUGAUAGCAAUCGUUAUAAUCAUACAUUAUAAGUAUUUACUGUAGAUACUGAAACGUUUUAAUAUUAUAUUUUAAUAGGAAAAUAAUUGAAUCGAUUUUAUUUUUUUAUACAAAAUUCGAAUGCUUCGUCUUAGAGUGAUAUGGAAUAUAUUUUAUUUUUUAGAAAGUGCAAAACUUAUAACAGGGCACGUUUGACUUUGAUAUUUGUUGUACGUAACAAAAACCACAAAAAGAAAAGUGAGUUAAAAAUGGGGAAAAUUGAUCUUAACUAAACUCUUAUAAUAUUAUUGGUAAAUGAAAUUUCUCAAAUCCAAAUCCAAUGCACCCAGUAAGAAGUUUUUCCCUAUCAAAAUUAAUUCAAAUCGACUCUACGAAGAAUGCAAUUUUUUCUGUAAAGCAUGCUUUGGGCAAAAAAAUAGACGGUGCGCAGACCCCUCAAUUUAUUCAUAUCGAGUAGGUGGUCGAAUAAAAAGUCAAUGUAAACAAAACAUCAAAACAACAGAAUGGACUUAAUACCAAUAAACUUCUCAUUGUUACUCGAGGCCCUGUUGUAAUUGAGAAGUUUAUAAAUCAUAUAGAAUAAUUAUGUUUUUAAAUAGGUGCCAAAUGUAACGAUAAAAAUAGAAAAACUACAAUUGUGAGUAAAGUUGAAAAGAAAGUCUAAAUUCAAGUGUGAGACACUGAGUCCUCGUACAUAAAUGUCAGUGAUUUUUUAAUCCGAUUUUGACGUUUUGUCCCAUUCGUUCACCUUUUAUAGAAAAACUGUUGAGAAUUUGAAGUAUGUUUCAAUUAAAAUAGUAUUACUACCGGGCGAAAAAUCCGCAUCUUUUAAUUUUUAAGAUUGAGUGAAAGUUUUAUAGUUUUUUGACUAACUGAAAGUAAAAAAAAAAUAUGUAUAUAAUCACUAAGAAUCUGAAUAAACGUAUUUAUCUAUUUAUAAGAAUGACUUAUUAUAAAAACCUCUCCAAUUGUAUUUUCUUACUAUGGUACUAUUAUAGUUAUAAUGAUAUUGUAGAAAUUGAAGAAAUAGACGUUUAAAUAUAUUUUUGUAAGACAGUUGAAAAUCUGCACAAUAAUCUCGAAUCCCAACUGUGAAUCGACUAUAAUACAAUUUACCGUACUGGUACCCAUUUAACAUACAUACUAUUGUAGUUCAAUUCAUUGUCCAUUUUUCAAAAAUGUACAAUUUAUACAUGCCACUAAUGAACGACGUAUCGCGAGCGGGUGCAAGAUAACGACAGUUAAUUUAUUAUUAUUUUCUAGCGGAUACACAGUAAGCAAAAUCAUUCUUUACACGACGUGUCCUAUAAAUUAUAACAGACUUUAUUUUGUGUCCAUUUGGAUAGCGAAUAUCUCUUUAAGAAAAAUAACACUAUUAUCGAAUUAACCUUAACGUCGCAGGUAAAUAGUCGAGAAACGUAAUCGCACGGAGGAACUUUUCAGAAAUUAUCAAUUUGUUGUAAAACAAUACCUAAUAAUUAUUAUACAGGUACUUCAGUGUGCACUGGGUUUGAAAUUGUUGACAUAUUUUCUACGAACCUAUUAACAACAUGUAGGCUGACGUGUACACAACCGAUCGCUAAUAUACGCAAUAAUUUUGAUUCAACCGAAAAAAUCGUGAUCGUUAUUUUUCCGAGUUUUCAAUCGCGUAUUCGGAUCGUGUACAUAUUUUAUUAGGUAUUUUUUGUAUAAACGCAUACGAAACGGCUUUUUUCUUUGUUAAUCUUUAUUUCUAUUUAGAGAAAUUGUCUAUUAAUAAAAAAAUUCAGCUUUUCGUGUUCUCCGGCAGCAGAGGUUGAUGAACGACGAAAAAAAACCGGUGCCUAUAAUAAUACCUACAUACUUACUAUUAUUAUCACUAAUUUCCAUUUUUACACAUAGCGACGACUCGCAUCGAAAUGUACUAUUGCAGAUAUGUAUAAUAUUAGUUUGUUUACACAUACAUGAACACGACGAUGGCGGCGGCGGCGGUUGAGCGGUUAAUCAAUACUUUCUUCCAAGGCCAAAGGAUAUACUAAUAAUGCCAUCCUUGAUCCCAAAAGUAAUUACUGCCGCGACGUUAAAUUGCUCAAUACUUAUAGGUAGGUAUAGCUACGCGUACAUUAAACAAGCCGAACGAAUAUCAAUAUUACCUACAUAUGUAGAAUAUUAUAUUGCUCGCUCAAAACUGGUUUUGAUCAGCGUUUUUUUUUUUAUAUUUUUUUUUUUUCAUAAAUUAAAACUCGGUCGAAUCGCAUAAAAAAAUAAAUAAAUUAAUUAGACACACGCUCAUACAUUUUUUACACGUGUUAUACAUAAUAUCUUUUGCGCGCGGUUAAAAAAUAGCGAAUACAAACUGCUCUUACCCUAAUAAUAUAAUAUAUAGGUAUGCCGUACAUACCACGCGGUUAUCGUAUAAACUAUAUUAUUAUUAUUGUGUCACGGUGAACUGAGAUUUUAUUAUUAUUAUUCGUUAUUCGUUAUUUUAUACAGUAUGUUCACGUUCCAAAAUAAUUGUGCACGCGAGCCGCCGGGAAUUUGUACGUUCGUCUCCGUUACACAUGCGUUUAGGUCGAUUUUUAAUUACUUUCGAUUUGCUAAUAUUAUAAGCUAUAUUAUGUAGGUACCAAUAUUUUAUCGACUGCAGUGCAGUUCUCUCCUCCGAACAUUCGACUCGGUUAAAAUAUAAUACAACUCACUGAUCUUAGGUUAUAUUCUCCACUAUAAUAAAAUUAUUGAUAUAUUAAUAAUAUACCGUAACAAUAAGUAUAUCAUUAUAUCUACCGAACUGCAACACGCGCAUUAUAUAUUAUUAUUAUUAUUCACGUAAAUCAGCAAAGACAAUCGGUAUUAAAUUGCAUUGCGUUUUCAUGUCUUCGGGUUGUGUGUCGUUCAGUUGCGUAGUACUAUGGUACAGAUCCGUAAAAUAUUAAGUAUAGUUUUUAUGUAUUUAUUAAGUUUGUAUUCCACAGUUAAAAAAACCUACUAAAGAAAAACUGCGUAAACAAACUAGAAAAAAAAAUUAUAAAAUGCCUAUAAAUUAGCCAAACAUAUUUUCAGAAUAUUUCGAACAUUUUACCAUUUCUAAAAAAGGCAAAUAUAAGUUUUCUAUCAAAAUGUCAAGUCUCUAGUUUCUACGAAUAUUUUUAAUUGAAUUAUAAGAAAAAAAAAAAAAAAUUGAAAAUAAUAAUAUCAUUAUUUUCGAAAUAUUUCCUGUUUUUGUAUGUUAUAUAUAUUUUGCUCAAUUAUAAACUACGUGGAAAAUUAAAAAAAACUACUUGAAAAGGUCUCUUUUAAUUUUCCGAUUGGAACAAGUUUUCUAUUCGGAGAGUUGUUUGCAGACAGACAAAAAUUGUAUAUUUAAAAAAUUAAUUUUGCUACCAAGCAGAAAAAAAAACACUUUCCCGGAGUUUUUUUUGUAUAGAAUUUUUUUUUUUUUGUUUACCGAUUGAAUAUCACCGACACGGUAAACGUGCAAUUAUUUAAAUGUUUCACGAUAACAAUCGUAGUUAUAUUAUGUCCUAGUCGAUUCGGAAUGGGUCCGCGGUAUUAUAUAUGUUACGACAAAGGGUUUUAUGAUCGAAUGCGAUUGUGUUGGAGUUUUAUGCGCGCGAUUAAAUUUAUACGGUGAGAAGGCGGUUUUUUUAUGUUGUCCUGAAACGAAUUAUUAAUAUAUUUUUAUAAAUCGGUGAAAAAACAGCGGCCCUGAUAAAACAACAAAAAUGUAAUAAUUAUGCGGACUGCAUAAUUGAUGUACUAAAAAACCCCGACAAAAACCAUAUAAAAUUCCAAAAUACCGGCGCUCAAAAUGUAUACACGUAUAAGUUUUUUGAAAAUAUGAUAAAUUAAUGUGUCUACAAUAUUAUUGAAUCUAGAUAAAUAAUAUAUUUACAUUAUGUUGAUUUAAUAAGAGUGAAAAAGCAAAAAAAGCAAAAUGAAAGUUAUCAAUUUGUACUCUAUGUAAGAAAGUUACGUCUUACAAUAAUUGAUAAAAAAAAAAAAAUAAAUACCUUUGCCAUAAAUUCACAGUCUUCGAUUAUAAGUAUAUUAUAUUUAUACUACCGGUCUUAAGGAUAUAUUAUUAUUAAACGAUAAAAAAAAAUAAAUAAAUAAAAAACAGCCCCUGUCCUAACCUAAACCCCCGUCAUCAUCAUCACGACUCGGAGUGGGCUAUCAUUUUAAUUAAAAGCGUUGUUGCGAACAAACUACUGAAAACGACUAUCACUCAUAUGCAUAAAUAAGUUAAAUAUUGUUGUUCAGAGAGCAAUGAAAUCUAUUUCAAAAUUUUACAAACUGAAGUUUUAACACUCACCAAAAAGAAAAAGAGUUGUUGAAGCAAUACCGGUUGCAUAUUUAUGAGAGGAAAUCAGGAGGGAUAUACAUUUCCUCCUUUGCCAUUUUUUAGUAUCUACCUGUAUUGUUUAUAUGACUAUACCUAAUUCAAGUUUAUUUACUUUUUAGUCAGAUAGGAUUUGGUAUCUAUAGCAAAUAUUAUAUCAAAUAAACCUGAACGUAUACAUAAUACAUUUCCUGGUUAAAACGAAACUUAUCCAGACGAAAUGGGUUAGAUUAGCACCUAAAACUAACACAUAAAGUAAAUAAUAUUAUUAGUUAUUGAUGUUAACUUUUGUUAUUAUAUAAAAGAUGUAAAUGUACAUUAUUCUAAUCUACAUAAUGCUGUUUUGUUACGAAUAAUGUGUUAGUUAGCGGAGUAAUAUAAACAUUCUUAUUAUAAUCGGCGAACGCGAGUAUUACUUUGCUGUGAGAGCGUUGGCAGCGUGCAUUCAUUUGUAAAUAAAAAUAAUAUUUAAUCUUUUAAAUUUAGUCGGUUUUUAUUAAUGAAUCGAAAUACUCGCGCUGUGUUUACAUAACUAGACCAUUUAUUCAAUAUGUAUGGCGUUUAAACGUUUAUAAACGUAUACACUUUGUACGUACUAAAUAUGAAUCAUUGACUCUAAUAAACGCCCCAAUCUAUCCUAUUACGAGUAUGAAUACACAUAGUUUCCACCUACCUUUACCACUUGAUCUGCUUGGAUAUCCAAGCUCAAAGAAAAGGAGGAUAAUAUUGGAGUGUGAGUAUCAAUAAAUCGUUGCAAAUCGCACUUAUUUUCAAAAGCCAAAUAAUACGUGAUACCCUUUACUAAGAGCUCAAGGCAGAUAAACCAGACGCUAUGUAAGGUACCGACAUGCAAUACGUUCGAAGAAGGCCUUAUUUGAGUAGCACUCGUUAACUUCUCAUAUGUAUGUAAGCCGUUACGUUGGCAAGUUGCAAACUUUACUUCAAAAUAACCUCGAGAGGACCAGUAUGCCAAUUAGGUAGCACUCGCUAACUUGGAAUAAACUGAAUAAACUGAAUAAACGGUUAGUUGAGAGAAAUAAACACGAUUUAAUGUAUGGUAUAAAUAAAACGAUAGAAUGCAACUAUACAUAUCAAUUAUACGUAAAGUGUGGAUAGGAAUACUAUGCACAGCAGUUUGUCUUCAGCUCUGCAUUUACUGUAUCGGGUUAAUAGUUUAGGUAGAAGCCUAUGUAAAAAUUAGGAAGAUAGAACGAACGAACAAAAAAAUAUGCUUCUGCUGUGUGAGUCCAGAGAAGUCGGGGAGAAAGUACGCGGGCAGCGUCUUGUAUGCCUUCGGCGUUCUCAAAUAUGAUACCUUCCACCCGACUGACAUGGACAAUCAAGUGUGGUGCUUUAAAGCGGCAAAUGACCUGCCUAAUUAAUCAUAUGUUUUUAUUCGUCUAGAAUAGAGGAAUUUCUUAAACACUGCAUUUAGAACUGAUAAUCGCAUUUUGUCGUAUUCCUGCGGUUUAUUACAAAUUUAAUUGAGUAUUAAAAAUAUUACAUUCAGCAUAAUAAUUAUAAGUAAAUUAUUUAUACUUAGUUAUUUGAUUUCAGUGAUAAUUGUACGGUUUACAACAUUGAAUAUAUUAUGACUUAAUUUCAGAAUGCAAUACCCCACUUCUUGGGAAAAUCAUAUACACGCUACUGAUUAACACCUUAUAGCUUAUAUGCGAUAGAACCAUCACUGGUCACGGAAAAACUUCCUGACCUCGAAAAAUUCGUUGUCGAAUCCGUAUACAUUCCGAUUAUUUUCGUUUUUCCGUCCGCGGAAUUCCCGUAUGCGUCUCGUGUAACGAGUCGUCGGUAUGUACUGUUCAGGCCGGGGUAAACUGGUACGCAUAAAGGUACCUAUGCCAAUACGGCUGUACAAGGUUAAUGGCAUUGUGACUUUUAGAAUUACUAUAAGAAAAAAAAAAAAAUUAAAAAUUAAAUUACAUUCUAUAUUGUAGCGUUUGUCUGGAACAGAUUAGGAAAGCAUCACACAAUGUACAUGCACAUAAUAUAUAUUGCAAUUUGUAAUAUCAUCAGUCAUCACCGUAUGCAUAUAAACUUCUGACCGUGAUUAUGUUUCUGUUCAGUCCGAUUAUUUUAUAAUUUGUAUAUUUUGUAAACACCGACGAAAAUCCAGAUCUCAUAUAAAAGUAUUCUUCUUAUUUUUCUGGUUUUAAGUCUCCAAGGGUCAUCGUAUUAUCGCACACCCUUUCCAUCCCGUAUUUCUAUCGUCUAUUGGUUUUUUCCGCCAAAAAGUAUGUUUAAAUAAAUACGCGGUACUAAAAUAUUAUAAUCUUGCAUGCAACUAAACAUUUUAAACAUAAAAACUAAAAAAGACGUCCUAGGAUAAUGGGGACGGGUGCAGCCACUGUUAUAGGUAAUUUAAUGUAUACAUGUAAGCAACGAUAAACCAUUACUUACGAACAAAUGAUUUUGAUCGUAGUUCGGUUGAUAGUAAUGCAUCGUCAACAAUAUAUAUGCCAUAUUAUAGUAAAAUAAUUAAAUAGGCUUUAUAUAUUUUUUUAAAUAAUAUUUGUUUAAUUUUGUACCGAUUUCCCCGGUUUUCCCAUGUAUUUCCUCAGUUUUUCACGUUUGCUGGGAAAACUCUGGAGAAAAUCGAUAAACGACCUCCCUAAAGUACCUCCCCACACCGAUUUCCUUUCAGAAAAGUUACUACACAUAAAAAUGGAAGCGAGUAUUCUGGUAAAAGAAAAAAUAAAUAAACAUAUUUGUAAAACCAUAAGUUUCUUCGUUCCACUUAGAAUCUAAAAUACAAUUUAUAUAAUCAUUUAAUUUAUUCGAUUUUAAACACAACUAGGAAUAUAUUGAUUUGAUUAUAAAACAUUUACCAGCAUUAAAGUUCAAAUAUUGAUAAAAAUUGUAUAAAUCGCAGAAUUUUUAACUGCUCAGAACUUUAAUCAGAUUCGUUUUUGGUUAAUAAUGUUUGAUUAAUGCAUACAAAUAUAAAUAGAAUUACUUUUAUAUUCUACUUUUCCAACUCUCAUCUAUAACCGUCGCUUAUAGUAUCAGCUUUUGUUUUGACAUUAGUAUUGGUAAUACGAGUACAUACUAAUAUUACAUGUCUGAUGGUUUUUAUAAAAAAAAUAAUAGAAAUAUUGUUUUUUAAGUUUUUAAAUAAAAUUCAAUAAUUUUAAUGCUAAUGUGCAAGUGGGCAUAAAAUCGUUUGGAUCCCGAUAGUUAUGAACAUUUAAAUUACUUGCACAUAGGUAUUCUAAGAGAAGAGAAUAAGUUUCGAGUUUUGCCGCCAUCACUACACUUCACCACACAUUGUAACUAUCUAUUUUAGUACGUUGCUCCUCCAGUUAUCCUUAUCCAAACAUUUUAAAUUUUCUUCCGGCACGUCAGUCCGUAUUUUCAUGGGUGUAAAUUUAAAACUGGAAUUAUACCUGUGGCUGGGUACAAGAAAUAUAUUUCGUUCGAUAAGUGUCAUAGUAUUGUACUAUAAUGCUAUUUUGUUUUUACUUCUUUACCUUAUAUUGUAGUGUUUAAGGAAACACGCAAACAAACAAAUAGUUACAAUUGCGUCGAGACAUAUCAACCCGAACAUUUAAAUAAUAUUUACAUAAUACGCAAAAAAUAUAAUACAUAGAUCAAGGUGUUUUUAUUGUUAUUAUUAUUAUUAUUUAUUUUUUUACGCUAAUUCGUGUAGGUUCCGAUUAAAUAAACACUGUGAAAACUUUUCUCGAUUAUAAUAUAAAAUUAUAGUCGACACGGAUCAGCGUUAAAAAGUAACCGAUUCGUUAUAACUACUAAGUACUAAUACGCUGUGUCUACAAUAAUAUUAUAUUGUUUCGACGACAACGUCCAACCGGCUUGUUUAUACGUUUGUGAUUACAACUACAAUAAUAGGUACCUUAGUAUAAAUCGUUUUGGAAAAACACUGCGAAUUGCAAUAAUAUAUUCCGAGCUGAUAUUAUCAAUUAACGUUUCUGUAAUUUAAAAGAAAAAAAAAAGCCACACAUCAUAAUAAAACCGAAAUACGAGUAAAUUCCUCGUUACGCUCGUAGAAUCGACAAGUACGAGAUCGCGGAGGUUAUAGACGCGCUGCACUGCUGCGGGUAUAGGUACACAUUACACGUACACAUACAGAGUGAUCAACAUAAUGUACGAUAUUCAUUAUUUCGAAAAGUAUUAAAUAUUUUUUGAAAUGUAUUUUUUAGAACUCAUUAGAAACAAUCGGUUCUAAAAUAUCACAUUACCGUUAUUUUAUUUCAUCCUUAUUUUCGAGACCUUGUGCUCAAUUUUAGUUUAUAAACAGCUGCAACCUAUAUUGAAAAACGCCAUAAAAAAUAUGCAAAUUUAGUUUUUCGUUGACUUAUUGAUGGAAAUAAAAAAAUUUCAAUGCAAAAAUGUAUUCAAACAAAAACUCCAUCUAUUUAUGAAAUGUUUACUGUAUUAUAUUGUUUAUUGAAAAUUCAAAGUGGGUAGCGAUUUUACCUCCGAAAAAACAAAAAGGUAACAAAAAAGAACAGUAUUGUAACAUUUUAGAGUUGAUUAUUUCUUAAAUGUUCUAAAAAAAUGAAUUCCUAAAAAAUCUAAUACAUUCCGAGAUAAUGAGUGUAUUACGUUAUGUUGAUCACUCUGUAUAAUGUUAUUCAUUAAGAUUAUGUUUCAACGCGUACCUGCACAACAAUGUUUUAUUAUUGAAAAAAAAUAUUAUGAUAAUUAUUUCUUCGCGAGACAAUCAUCAAAAUAUAAUAUUAUGACAGUAGUAUACUUAUUGUAUAUAUUAUAAUAAUUUCAUGACAUAUAGAUAGUAAUAGGUAUUUAACACGUGAAUCGGUUAUACGUCAUAGUAAAUUACCGUUCUCUACUCCGCGGGUGUUAGGCACCUGUACUUGUAUACCUUGUUGUUUUAGAUUCUAAGCAUAGUGGUGAAUGUAUUGGUAUUUAAUUUUACUAAGAUAUUGCGUGUGUUUUUUUUUUUGGUCUUUAUGCCGUGCGUGAACGACACUUUUACCAAAAAUCUUUCUCCAAUCAAAAAAUGACGAGAACUUUUCUGAAAGCUAAAUGUAUCUAGCUUGUAUAUUAAUAAGGUUAUUUUUUUGAUUUGACAAGUAAUUUUCAUAAUAGUUGAGAAAAACUGGAAAAAAGUAUAGGGAAAAUGGACAAAUGUACGGUUAAAAAUAAUUGAAAUCGUCGAGGCCAGAAAUUUCACGGAAUAUUUAACCUUUGCUAGACGUGGUGAAAUUUUCAAAACAGUCUGGUGAUUUUUGAGCUUUUGGAAGUAUUUGACUUUUCCAGUUUGUUUUAGUUGUUAUUUGGUUUUAUGUUGAUAAAACUGCUUUGACCAGUCGGAAAUGUUUGAAAAUUUAAUACGAGGUUCAUUAUAAGUUGUAUUUGUUAUUAUAUAAAAAUAUUGAGCGUAAAUUUAUUUUCAUAAACAAUUGAAGUUCAAAUUCCGACAAAAUCGUAAAAAUUACGUCAUUUAAAAACAUCUGUAAUUUCUCUCAGAACCGUAUUUUUUUUUCUAUAGACAUACCAUUUUACCUAUUAAAACCAUUUAUCCUAUAUAUUAUAAUAAAUAAUGUAGUCGCACUUAACCAUACUGUGAUACUACGUGCAUACGAAAAAAAAAAAAUCGAAAAUUAAACCGUCUAUAAGUUUUGAUUUAUUUAUAAACAGGAAAAAAAUAGAUAGGUACAUACAUACACCUAUAUAAAUAUACGUAUACACGAGGGAAUGGUUGUAAAAAUUCCGAUCAUUCUGUAUACGAAACACAUUUUUAUUCGUAAAACGUACGAAUUCAGCAGCGUAUUACUGUAUAGUACAGGUACUCGAUGAGUCGUGAGUUGCCUUAAUAUGACUGCACACAAUUUAUACCUCUCGAUAGUUCCAUAUACCUCACAGCUAUAUUCGGUAACAAUGGUACUCAUACCAUAUAUACACACGUAUAGGUACAUACUUAUAGGUAAUAAAAUUCAUAAAAUACAAUUUUCGCUUUAAAAAAAAAUCGUAUACAUUUUAUGCAGUAUUAUGUGUUUUUGAACUUUGGUUUUUUUUUCCCAGUGAUUCUUAUACCGUUUGUGCUAACUCAUCAGUUCAGGUAAUUUGCCACACACGCAGAGAAUUUGAUUAAAUAUGUAUUAAUUUCCGUAGACGUAAAAAAAAUUGAACUUAUAUAAUUUACAUCUACAGCAUGCAAUGAAAAAUCAUUCCUCUUAAAAUACGAUUCUAGGUAAAGUUUGGUUAAACAUGUUUUGAAAUGCCUAUCGUGAUCUUUACGAUUGAAAUGUUAAUUACUUAUAAAUAGUUCGAAAAUCGCCAGAAUGUUUUGAACAUUUUACCAAAUAUUCGUUUACCUGGGGGCGAAUGAUUUUUCAACCCCUGUGUUAUCACUGAAUAUCAUAGUUGGUGCUUGGGGAGCACCAUUACAUUGCAUACUUACCAGAAAAAACUGAGAUUCACAUUUUAUUUAAUUUCUGGCAUUUGAAUUUUAUCAUUUAAAAUUUGUUAUUUAUAAUUUUUUAUUUGUUUAAUAGUACACAAUACAAAUGUGUAAAUUCGUCGGGGUUUUCUAUACGUUCUUUCCUAUUAUUUAGAAAACUGCGGGUAAAGUUUAAAAAAUUACCUAUUAAAUACAUCAAAUAUAUACAAACUGCUUUCAGUAAUAGGUUGCAUUUAAAAAUCGGAGUAAUAUUUCUAAUAGAAAUGUUGUUAAAAAACAAAAAAAUUAAAUAAAAACACACAUCUACGCAUCGUGGUAAAUCCGUUUCUCGCUGCGCUCAGAAUAUAAAAUCAUUUUAACGUUUACAUUUACUACUACACAAACAAAAUAUCGUAUUUGCUACACUACGAAUGUAUCCAUUAAUCCGUUAAUAAAUACAAUUUAUUUUUUUAUAAACAAAAGGGAUAUUACGAUUAUUUAAUCAAUCUCGGAGGUAUCACGGAGAUUUUCGUAUUCGUCUGGUCAAAUCGAACAUUAAUUCAGUGCGCGCGCGUGUCGUAAUCCGGUGUUCGUGAUCGCUGGUAGCUUUUUUUUCAUGAAUACCGAAGCCAAAGAUUUUAGAAUCCGUCCUACUUUUAUUUAAAACUAGUUAUUUUCCAGAUAUUUCGAGUUGUAGUCCACCUAGCCGUCAUAAAAACCUCCUCAAUCUGUAAUAGUAUUAUAAUCGAUAAUUUAUUGAAAUGAUUUCGUGGUAUGAAAAACAAAUUUAUCAAAACGGUGACAACAACUGGUCGCGCCGGUUUGUAACCUACAUAUUAUGUACUAAUAUUUGCAUUACCGAAUAGGAAGGACAGAAUUUGAAAUUUCAACUGUAUAAUUUGAUCUAUUAAUAAAACAUGCAAUAAACAUAUUAUAUGUUAAUAAUUAAAACAAAGAAUUACGUAUUUCGCACUCAGAUAAGGCCUGCCACUACUAGAAGGGGAGAAAAACGAAUGGCUUAGGCCACUACGAAUGGUUUUUUUUUUAAAUGUAUAAAAAUACAUAGCCUUAUUAUCAGAUAUUUGUGAUAUAUAUCUAUGCUUUGGAUAUUUUUUGAAUAGUAGAACGCGGAAUCAUUUAAAUAUUAUUCGAUACCGAAGUUCCUUAUCCUUAAGUUCUUUAUGUAUACAAUAAAACAUGCCUAUAAGAGACACUUAAGGGACUAUAAAAAGUGUUCAUUAUAUAAAGGUGGCCGUUACUGUAGCAAGAUUAUAGCGUUUUAUAGUGAAAUUUAUUAAUUCGGCUACCUUUGUUUGUUUCCCCGAAGCCAAAUUGUUUUGUUUAUGAAUAGAUAAGCCACGAGCGCCUUUGCCACCAAAUAAUUUUUACUUUUUUGUUUUAAAUUGAAUGAUUUCCACAAAACGCAGUGAAGUGCUAUUACAAAUAAAAAACAACAGACUCAGAAUAAUUAACGUGGAAUGACGGUUUCUAGUUAAAAUAGGAUAAUAGGAUAUAAUAUUUCAUUUAUAUUGAUUUUACUGUAAAAUUGUUAUCCUUUAUUAUGCCAACGGGGAGAAAUAUUACCACCCCACAUAUGUCGUAGGAAGAGUCACCGUGGAUAAAAAUAAUAAAAUUCGUAUUAUUGUCGUGAAAUUAUUUUAUUUUCAACUUUUUUAUGCUGUCAUCGUGGUAUUAGGUGGUACGGUUUCACUGCCAACUCUCGUUGUCAAUAUGCGACUUAAUUUUCGUAUAGAAUAUAGUGUUUUGAACGUUAUGCUCGAACGAAUAACCGGGUCUUAGUUUCCCAUUAUUAUUAUUAUUAUUAUUAUUUGUAUUUUCGUGACAACAUUUCAGCGAAACUGCUGUUUUCGCGUGGGAAAAAUAUCUAUUUUUUUUUUAAUGUAAAAAUCCACUAAGCGCUCCCAAUGCAUCAUGCAACAAAUAUGGUAACGUUAUUGUUAACCGGCCGCGUAGAAUAUGUUUAAAAUAUGGACACACUGAAACCAUAUCACGAGAAAAAUGAAUUAGAGAAAAAAAAAAGAUUACAGGUUACUCAAAUUUCCUCCUAAAUUUUUCAAGAAAAACAUGAAAACAUAAAAUCGAUUAUAAAUUGUGUCAGUAGGCACUUAAUACCUAUAUAAAAUUAAUUUAAAAAUACCAGUAGUGUGGCUUCUGAGGUCAUAAUUUGAAUCAUGGUUAAUAUCACAUUAUACGUGUGUAAAAGCUUAUUCGACUUGGGGUCGAAUGAGACAUACUAUCUAUAAAAUAGCUUAUAAAUAAGCUUAACAAAAAGUGUACAAAUUUUUUUUUUUACAUAGAUUUUACACUAAUGUAUAUAAAAGUGUAUAUUUGACACCCAAAUAAAAAACCCUACCCCUCUCCCACCCUGGUUACGCCACAGUAUAUUAAUACAAUAUUAUACUGCGAACGCUGAUGUUAAUUGUGAUUAAUGAGGCCGAUCACGGUUAAUAUAACCACGAUUAGCGGAAUGUGCACAUUGUGGAAUCGUGAUUAUAAUGUUGAAAUCCAAAUGAAAUUAAUCAUGAUUAAAUUUCUCUGUAAAAAAAAAUUGCCUGGUUACACUGAAUCACGAUUAGUGUAUUUUUUAGUGAAACCGACCCAUAAUAUUACUAUACGGAGCAAAUUUGCGAGUGACAAAACGUUUAUAACAACGCAGAAUGUGUUAACGUUUGAAUGCUCAAACGCUAACGGCCGUUACAUUAUACCGAUGUUACCAGCUAUAGAGAAGACCACGGUAACCACUCUAUAUAAUUUUUUUUUUGUAUAUCUGCGCUGACUAUUUUAUAAUUUCUAUUCUCUAUUCACGCCGUCGAGUAAGAAUAUUCACAUUUCACAUCGCUAUUCAUUAUAUUAUUUCAUUGCUUUUAUUAUAUUUGUUAUAUAGGCACGACCAGCUAGGUUAGGUACUGAACAAAUAGAGUAAACGUCAUAUUCAAUACUUUUUUAUGUUAUCGAACAUUGAAAACGUUCGCCGCUCGCGAAUUCGCUCAAGACUUGUUUGCCGUACGGUCGUUGUGCAAGCGUAUGUGGUCUGCGCGCAGUCCACCCAAGGCUGCAGCGGAUAAAACCCCGAUAAACCAUCGAAAUUAAUAUAAUAACGCUAAUAAUAAUAAUAUAAAAUUAAAAUAAUGAUUUUUCUAUGCCGAAGUUAAUACGAUUGCGUUGACAAUAAUAAUACAUGUAACGAUCGGUCGCGGAAUAACAAUGGCGAAGAAAAAAAAAAUUAAAAACGCAAGUCCGUCGUCGUGGUGUAUUUUGUAAUAGUGACGACGACGACGACGACGACAACGUGUGUUAGAAAUCCGGACGUGAGGUCAGGCGAAAGUGGUAAGAUGACUACCGAAUACCUAGUUAACACUAUAGGUACCUAGUGAUGUGAUCGAUCAUUUUUGUCGUACGCAAUGUUCGCAAAUACUGCCAAGUUUGCGACAAUGAGAUAUGAAGUAAUUAUUGCAUUUUUAAAAAUCUAUCCAACGAUACCAUGCAAGAAAAAUACAAUUUGCAUCCUUCGGUUUAUGUACAUAUAUAUAUAAAAAAAACUACCCUUAAAUUAUAUUUAGACUACACGAUUGUACAGCGGUUUACGUAUUACAAGACACCGUUCUUUAGGAUUUCAUCAAAAUCUAUGGAAAAAUGCCAGAGUUAUAAGUCUGUCGCGUACGGACGGAUGGACAGGUAGGACAUAAUGCAAUUCCAAGGGUUUCGGUUUUGAUGUUUUGGCUACGGAACCCUAUAAAAAACGGGUCAAUACUUGUGACGCAUCCGAGUUUCGUCUCGAAAACUUAAAUACCAAAAGUUCUUUUUCGUGCCUUUCGACUUUUUCAUAAAAGAAAGUACCAAGGAAAUGUAUGUUCUGGUAAAAUUUCGCAUCGUAUGCAUUAAAAAUAUUCCUAAUAAUUUCCGUGAGUCUUUUCCGAAUUUAUCAAUUUUUGACAUCAUACAAAAUACAAAUUGCGUUUCACGACAACAAUUACUUCUUUCCGAUUGCGUCCCUGUUAUUUUUUUGGUUGACACUAGUUGCGUACCGAUUUUUUGUUGUGUACAUACUAAUUGCGUCGAAACAAUAUUUCCCUUCCCAUUUUUACACAGACUUAAGGACCUACUUAGGUCUAUUAAAAAUAUCGUUUUCCUUGUUAUAAUAUUAUUAUUCUGUACGCAUUUUGUAAUUUUGUAAUUGUUAUAGAUAAAAAAUGUUGAGUAUAAAUAUAUUUAUUACGGUAUUGGUAAACCGACUGGGUGAUCGUCAACACUACAAUAUGACAAUACUUGUGUUUGUAUAGAUAUAACGUAACGAAACAAAACAAUAUUAUCAAAGUUAAAACGUAAUCGUUUAUGUUAAAUCGACAAUACGUAAUCGAUAAGCCUACAUAAUUAUACCGGAGUGCUCAAGAGAACCCCGGGACUCAAAUAGUGUUAUUCCUUUUUGUACGGGAUCGUUAAUAGUACGCGACGAAAAUAUUCAGAUCAAACCACUCAAACCGGAUACCCGAUCUUCAUACAAAAAAAAAACAAAAAAAAGAGUCGAAUUUAAGAUUCCUUAUUUUCGUAACGUAUAGCAAAUUUCGUCAAUAACUUAAGAUUUAAACAGACGAUUAAACGCUGUUUUGCUUAGUAAUACGGUUUUAAUAUUGUUGUACCUAUUACGUUAUUCUGGCCGAGGUUGAGUAACAGAAAAAUGACGUCUUUAAUUAAUAUAUGAAUUUAUUUGCGUUCUUAUCACCAAAGAUAAUACUAUAUAGUAGGUAUAUAGAGAUUCUACACUGCAGGCACGUACUUAACAUAUCCGGCGGGCUCUAGAUAACAUACGGCCCUCGCUGCGCACGCAGUUUACCAAAAUAUCCCGAAGUAGUAUAAUUGCUAUAGGCAUUCGUUUAUUUUUUGUUUUACACAAAAUAAAAUAAAAUAUUAUAAGUACCUCAUCUUCGCGCGCGAUUCGCGGUUAUAACAAUAUCGUUUAUAAAAAGCCUUAUGUGUGCACAAUUUUCGAUGUCGAGGUUUUUAUAGCCCUGGAUUCCGAAAAAAAUAAACUGUCGUAUGAUAGUAUCUCUUAUAUGUACUAUCUUCAUGAAAGAAUUAUUGAAAGAAAAAAUUAAAAAACAAAACCUCUCAUGUACGAGAUUUACGUUGAAUCGUUUGUGAAAUACCUCUUAUGUGAUUAAAAAUAUCCUAUGUGACAUUAAUCGGCAUUAGAAAAUGUCCUAUGUAAAAUUGAAAAAACACUUGAGAUAGAAAAACACUUUAGCAUACAUGUAAGAAGGUUUUUCAAGAAAACGACAAUAUCCGGUAACAUAAAUCGAGGGAAUUGGACGCGGUGAUUUUCUGUUCUUGUCAUACACGCUUACAAAAUAGGAAUUUGAACGUGUUCUAUUUGAAACGCACCGAUCGGUUUAGUGAAGCGCUACGAAUCCCGAAACGAAAUUUGAAUUUGUCGCUAAUUGUACUUGAAAUCGAUUUACCCACGUUUUAAUUUAACUCCCGUAAAUUCUGAAAAAAAACCAUAAUAAAAAAAGAAGUAAUUAAAAAAAAUAGAAUAUUCUAAUUCUACCGGAGAAAUAAUAAUAUAAUAGUGAGAAAAAUCAAAAAUCAAAAUAGUGAGAAUUUCGACUUUAAGUAGACUUGACGGUAAAUCCAAAUCCGCUUUCAGAAUUCUUAUCGCUCCACUAGACCAAUCGGCACGUCGAAAAUGGAACACGUCUGAAUUCCUAUGCCACACUUGUGUAAGAUAAAGACAGAAAAUCACCGCUUCUAAUCACCUUAAGGGGUUCUAUUCGGAUAUUUUCUAAGGAGUACGAAUUCGAAUAUUGCACUAUUGUUAUCAUCAUCUUCGUUGUUGUGGGUACUGGCGGGAAUAUAAAUUUACAGGACGCCAGGGAAUUCUUAAACAGUUCAGAUAAUAUUACUACAACAAUUACGUUUCGGUUUAUUAUUAGUUUAUACAAAUAUAAUAUAAUAUAAUGUAAUAUUAUUAUUAUUAUCUGGACGUCCGUCUGUCGUAAAUAUCAAAUUUCGCGUACGAAAAAUAUGACAAUACAUUAUCGUCUAUGUACUUACGAUAGUAGGUAUUUAACCUUGAAUAAUAAUAUUAUUAUUAUGAAAUGGCAAAUAGUAUCAUACCAUGUAGGUAUGUAUAAUCGGUAUACGCACCGAACAUUAUUAUUAGAUAGGACCCGCCGGGAGAGAUCCGUCUCCCUGGACAGGCACGUGAGUUCACACGAUAUUCUUUUUAUCUUACACGCAAUUCUGUAAACGUUUUUUUUUUAUUCUACGUGAAAAUUUCACGUCCCCUUAAUUUAUCUCCCCCUCUACCCCGGUAGUUACGCCCGAGAGUGACACGCCGUCGAUUAUAUUUACAAAUAUUUAUGCGCAAACACGAUUCCGCAUAAAUAUCGCUGCGACGUUGCCAACGGGACCUUAAGUUCGUUAUUUUCGACUCGGAAAUCAACUCAGAUACAUUGACAGUAAUUCGAAACAGUUGUGUUAAAGUGAUUUGUUUUCAUAGUUAUUUAAUAACAAUUUUUUAUUCGGUUUUGAAAUUAGUCGAAUACAUUGUUGAUUGUUUAAAUUGCGAAUUUUAGAAUUCAGUAGCAGUGAUAGUAGCGGCAGAUUCGCUGGGGUAUAAUUGUAUAAACAGUGCUAUAAAUUAUUAUCAUAGGCGUCAGAUUUUAAAAAUUGGAACUGGUGUCCUAAAUUUCAUUAAUACCUUUUCUACUCAUUAGUAUGCUUCACAUGUAAAUACAUAAAUAGCUACUAUUAGCCAAGUAACCUAUGUGCAAGAUAUUAUCAUCAUCUGAAAUAAAAUCUGUGGUGUUUGUAGCCGUCGGAAUAAGUUACAAUCUCAGUGGUAACGAUAGCGUCAAUACUUGUAUAAACAUUACAGGUUUUUAUUAUCGGUUAGGUGUAUCGAAUUUGUUCAAAAGUGUAAAAAUUAAAUAAUUCAUUAGAAUAUAGUAAAUAUAUGUAUAUUAAAAACAUGUUCCGUUUUAAUACCCAACGGUGCUUUGACCUCUAAAAUGUUUAGACGGAUUCUCAAGCCUCCGGGCACCCGUGUACACGGCGCACAUGAUUACUGCAAAACUGGCAUGGUUAGAGGUACGCUGCGCAGAGUAACUGCUAGUACCUACAGUAUUAGUAUAGGUACGUAGCAAAUUCAGGAAAAUAAUGUACAGAAACGUAAUUAUCGGGAAAAUAAUAAUAGUAUUAAUUGGUUUGAAAACUGUUGUCGUUACUUCGUAAAGUAGACAUUUUCCCUUAUUACAUGACGUCAUGUCGGGAUUUAUUUUCGAUUAUAAGUCCGAAAUGGUGUUCGUAUAGUAGACUAGGAACGAUUGGUUUUCAUCAUUCCGUACAAAUAGCAUUCUCGAAUAUUAUUUCCAUAUAUAUUAUUUUCCUGAUUUAAGGUUUCCUCUCCACUAGUAAUACUCUAUGAUAGAUCGACAGUCUGGCACGCACUAUUAUUUCGUUAGUUGUUAACAAUAUUUGUAUUCCGAUUGGGCCAUUGCUGCUAUCGUAAAAAAAAAAAAAAAUUUAAAAUUGUUUUCAAUAAUUUAACAAUGAUUUUUCCUAUUUAUAUAAAUUAGGGUGAUCCUUAUUUUACCAAUUUUAAAAUUUCUUUCGGGAUACCCGCCUAUCUUGUGCCGUAAAAUAAAAAAAUAUAUUCUCAAAUUUUGAGCUCAUUUGAAUAAUAUUUAGUGGAGGCGCACGGCGUUUUAAUAUUUAAUAUUAAAAAGAUUGCACGGCAUAAAUGAAAAUAGUGUACAACCGAUCGUAGAUCGUUUAAAAAUUGAUUUUUUAAAUAAAAAUCAAAGGAUCCAUUUUAAUCCUAAGAUUUUAAUAUCUCUUUUGAUACCGUACAUGCAGAUAUUUUAAUUGAAGACGUUAUGAAAUUUGUAAGCCAUUUAUUUUUUUACUAUGUGUUCUGAAAUUUUGAUACUUCUACUAUAUAAUAGUCUAUAAAUAUGGAAUGAGUUGAGCUGUAACCUUCAUUUUUUCAAAAACAUUUAGGUAUAUUUCACGAUAAUACAUUAAUUAAUAACUGAGGAGAUCAGUAAUAACUAACAAUUUUUUUUUUUUACUAUUUUAUUCAUAUAUAUAUAUUAGUUGACAUAUUUCUAAUGCGUAAACAAAUUUCAAAAUGAAAAUACAUAUGUUUAUGGAAAUACAUAAUUGAUGAAGGUGUUUACCAAACCAUUUGUUGUUUUUGCGUGUUAUAUUAUGCUAAUUUAACAAAUUUAAACACCUGUUAUUUAUCAUAUUUAUCCACUGACCCCUGAAAUUGUGUUAACGAAACGGGAUUACGUUGUAAAUUGAUUUUAAGGUGAAUUCAAAAACUGUUGAGUUGAUCAAAUUUAAUCAUUUGAAAAAUGUAUAGGUUUCCUAUAUGCUAAUAUUAAUUAACUAUUAUUAUAAAAUAGAUGUAUUAGGACUUAGGUGGGUAUUAUAGAUAAGUAAUGACAAAACAAAAAUGACGUCCGAAUUGCGUAAUGUAGAAACUGAUUUAAUUUUAUUUAGAAUAUUUCGAAUACAAAUGUAAACACGAUUUAAGUUCAAAAGAAAUGAUUGCGUUAAAUGGAAAUGAAAAGUACCUUUGAAUGUCGAAUUUAAAAGGUAACUUUUUAGUUAAUAUUAAGUAGUAUAUAGUAAUCAAAUAUUAUCCAAAAUUAUAUUUCUAAUGAAAGUAAUGCACCAGUGUCGUAAUUAUAUUGUAUAUAUUAUAAUAAGGCAUUGUUACUAGACAACUAUAUAAUGCAAAUCGAGAAUGCGAAGGAAACAAAAAUUACAAUAAUUAAUUAAGUAAAUUUAUUAUAUGACUGCUGUUAGCUGAAUUCUGAUUUGUUUUUUUUUUCUGUUUAAUUUCAGCGUAUCGGCAAGAUAGAUUAUAGUAUUUUACUGUUAUCGAUACAACCAACUGCCAAGAUGUUCAAUACUAUUACCGAGAGUUACAACAUCCUGAUGAACGAUUACAGUGGUGAGUCGAAUACGUCUUAAUUUGAAAUUAAAAAAAAAAAAUUAUCUAAAUAUAUUUUGUUACCUUGUUUAAUUUGUUACUGUUUAUUAUCAAGAGAUAUCAAAAAAUUGACGUCACGUCAUUUAUUAAAAAAUUAUUGGGUAUUUUUCUUCGUGCCACACCGAACCGGGAAAACUAUCCAUUUUGUUCGUUGUAAUUUGCUCUGUUCACACUUUCUUUUCACCAAAUUAAUAUAAUUAUACAUAUUUCGAAAUUUCUACACCGAUUUAAUAAAUUAAUUUCUGAUAAUGAUUGCAUUAAGUAUUGAAAAACGACUACGGAAUAGUAAACUAAUUUGUUUUCAUUUUUUGUAAACCGUUACUUAAUACUAUAGUAACUAGACUGUGAAAUAAAUGCAAGUACGUAAUUUCAGGUGGAUAAUUGUACAAUUAAUAAUUUAAUUAAAUUUUUCAAUACUAAUAAAUAUGGUAUUAUGUAAAGAUAUUAUAUUAAAACGGCACGCUUUGGGUUAUUCAAGGACGUUCAUUUUAAAUUGUUCGCCAAUUGGAAUGAUUUGCAUGUAGUAUUUUUCUGGUUUGUGCAUUGAGGUGGUUUUUUUUUUUUUUGAUUUUCUUUGUGAUUACAAUUUAAUAAUGGGCGAGAAAAACAUCGGACAAACAGAAAUGUUUACGCAACAACGGUUUCUGGUAUUUUCAAUAUUUUUCCCCGUGAAAAAUUAUUGUGAUGACCUAAAAAUGUCAACAGAUAAUUAGCCCUUUCUAGACAAUUAUCAAAACCUUUUUUGAGUUUUUUUGUAGUUAUUUGUAAUGUCCUAUAUUUUUAAUUUGAUUUUUUAUAAACAAAAUUAGUUUGGUUUUCCAAAAGUGCUAGAACAUUUGAUACAAUAUUGGGUUCAUCGUAAUAAUUUGUUUUUAAGUCACUACAAAAAAUAUCGAAAAUCCAUGGUCAUGAAUAAUCUGUAUAACACUAUUUGAAGUUAACAUUUUAAAAAUUUCGUAAAAAUCAUAUCAUUUUGCGUAUUAUUUUUCGAUUUUUACGUAGUUAACAUUUGUUCACCUCCAUAGAAUGCUUAAAAUUUUCGGCUGCAUCCGAAUUGCACGUCACCCCUUAUUAAAGCUUUUUUUUUAAAAAAAUAAAAAUAAAUAUUAUUUUUAGACAAUAUCGAUUGGUGAUAAAUUCAUGGUUUUUGAAAAAUUAAGUUUAAAAUAAAAAAAUCAAGUUGUGAUAAAUACAUGUAUACACGGAAUAUGAUUCGGACAGCCCCUCUACAGAAUCUCCCACGAAGAUCUACGCAUUGGCAUAUCUCCUGAGAUAAUAAAGUUAAUCGAAUGUUAUGUUUUUAUAUUAUCCACGGCUAUAGGGACUACUAGAUUUAAGUCAAAUAUAAAUAUUUGUAGUACUUAUCCCAGUGAGUAAUAAAAAAAAAAAAAAACAAAAUUUGAUUAUUUUUAUUAUCUCUUAAGAUAUAAUGAUGGGUAUAUCUUCGCUAAAGUGGCAUGCAAUUCGGAAGUUCCAAUCAAUUUUUUUGGUGUGCAAUUUGGGUGCGCCAACUAUUUUAGACGAAAAAAUAAGAACAAUCGUAAUUUAUUUGCAGUAAAAAAUUAAUAUUAUGAUUUUCAAUUUAAAUUAAUCAAAACAUGUUACUUCACUAAGAAUCGUUUUUUGAUAUCAUUUAUUUAUUUUUUUAACUUGGUAUUUUAGGAAGCAAAAGAAAUUAAAAAAAAAAAAAAAAAAAAAUGUUAGUUUACAAUAAUUUCAAGAUAAUUUAUUAACGAGAUUCGGUUGAUUAGAUUGGUAUAAUACGAGUUUCUGGUUUCGUGCACCAUGAUAAUAAUAAUAUUAUUGUGUGGCGGCCGUUGAUAAAUAAUAACAAUAAUAAUAAAUAUGCAUAAUCAGAUUCGAUCAGUACGUCAUGGUAUAGAUUUUAUUAUUGUGUAAAAAAUAGACGGUAAUAAAUUAUUAUAAAUUAAUAGGUACAGUGUAAACGUCGACGACCGCUGAUAUAAUAAUCGUGAAUUAUUCAAAUUUGGUUUAUUUUGUUUCUAACACUGAUACUGAAAUUAAAUUAUUUGAGUUUCUAUGUACGAGUAUAAAUCUUGUAUAUAAUAAUGUAAUACGUAAGUUCUUAUACACUCUAUAGUGUAUUAUUAUUAAAAUCAGUUUGUAGUAUAAUAUCCGACAAAAUUCUGCCAAAAAAAAGGAAAAACGAUGAAAAAAAAGACAGACAUACUUUGCACGUGGGUGGGCCACUGUUGUAGGUGAGAAUUUGGGAAAGUAAAGGGGAAAUUUAAUGUAUAUAUAUAUAUAUAUAGGUACACAUUAUGGUAAAAUGCACAUGUAAUUACAUGUGCAUUAUAAAUUUAUUUUAAGAAUAUCUGUUUGAUAUUGCAUCUAUUUUACCUUUUUUCCCAUGUUUUUUUCCAUUUAUUAGGAAAGCUUCUGGGAAAAUCUUCCCUUUUAGAAAGCGUGCUAUACUUGAUACUUCGGAACAAGAUUUUUGUUUAAAACCAAUACAUUUUUCGCUACAUUCAGAAUUUGAAUUGAACACAUUUUAAAACCACUUGACUGCCAUGUAGUUUUUUAUAAACUAGCCGAUUUUGUCAUGAGACCCAAUUUUGGAUCUCAGACAACAUAUUUUGUUUUCUUUGAUAUCUCGUACUUGUUAUCAUUUAUUAUGGUUUAUAUAUCAGAAUCGGAUUGUACAGUGUCGUCAUAAUUUUUAAUAAAAUUCAGUACCUAGGACAUUUUGACAAGUUCAAGUGAAAUAUCAUGGCAUUUUAGGGAAAUCUACCGAGAUCCAUAUUUGGGUUUCAUGGCAGUCAAGUUAUUAAAAAAAAAACUAAAAAUACAUUGGUCUAAAUGCUUUCUUUAUUUUCUCUCGCUCGGGCUUAACAUACAUUAAUCAUUAACUGAAAAUUAGGCUCCCUAUUCCUACCACAAGCAUCGUUUACAAGGAGUAGAUAUUAACAAUUUAUAUGUUUGUUUUAUAUUAUUUAAAUUGAAAACAUAAAUAAAUAUUAUGUUAUAUAUUUUUUACAUGUACUUAUAUUUUUGAAUAUACCCGCCAACAUAUUUGUAUUAUAAUAUUAUGUUUGUCAAUUUGUACUUAUUUGUAUUGGGCUUUGAUCGACCAUUUUUCGUUUUUUUUUCUCGGGAUUUGGUUUUGUUCACAGGAUUUUUGUUUGACGAAAUUUUGGUGGCAGAAUUUUAUUCGGACACCAUAUUAUGUAUGGGUUGUGUUUCCAUUUCCUAUACACGAUUAUAGAAUAGAACAAAAACCGGUAAACGAAAAAAAUCUUUGUUUUCAGAUAAAAGGGUCAAGGACUGGUUCCUGAUGAGCAGCCCUCUACCCACAUUGGUCAUGUGCCUCACGUACGCGUUCACAGUGAAAGUGUUUGGACCAUGGCUGAUGAGAGACCGAAAACCCUUCCAGCUGCGGAAAACCCUGAUCGUGUAUAAUUUUUUGCAAGUGCUAUUCUCUGCGUGGCUGUUCUGGGAAGCUUGGGACGCUGCGUGGGGCAGGGAUUAUAGUUUUCGAUGUCAACCCGUCGACUACUCGACGUCACCGAGGGCCAUGAGGGUGAGAUUUUAAUAAUAUUUAACAUUGUUAUUAUACGUAUGAUAACAUCUUCAAGAUAAAACGAGUACUGAAAAAAUCUGUUAUAAAUAAUAUUAUACGAACAUAGUUUCUUGUUAAUUUGCGUACAAAUUCAUUUGGAAAAAAAGAGCGCGCGGAAAAAAUUGUUAAGCAGGCGCGUCGAUUUUCAUGUCUUAUGACGUAUGUCUUUUAUCGUAUUCCGAUUGGCUGUUGUAAUAGGAUAUUACGGUAUCGACCGCGACCCACCGGAAAAUAUCCAGAAUUCGGCAGAAUGGUUUCCACUAAUAUUAUAUUAUAAUAUUUGUCCAUGCGCCCACAAUGAUCGAACGUUUUUACCCGUACAUUAGACGACGCGUUACCAUAUUGCCUAUUCAAAACGCCGUCUUAUACAAUACAAUAAUAUAGAUAUUGCUAAAUUUAAAUAUUAUCGCAAUUUUAUUGUUUGCAGAUAGUCAGAGGUUGCUGGUGGUACUACUUUUCCAAAUUCACCGAAUUCUUCGACACUGUAAGGGAUUAGUAUUAAGUUUUUAAUCGUUUUAAACUAUUAAUGUUACUAUUUUUGUUCGUUAUAUUAUAGUUCUUUUUCGUGAUGCGGAAAAAAUACGAUCAAGUGUCCACACUUCAUGUCAUCCAUCACGGAAUCAUGCCAAUGAGCGUGUGGUUCGGUGUCAAGUUCACUCCCGGUAAGUUUGAAUCCUAGACCUAAUGACCGCCACAUUUCAUCUUUUCCACAUGCUACUAGUAAUCUCCAACGUCCUUUUCGUUGACUUAUUUCUACCUGCAUUCUACACACUUAACUCACUUAUGUUGUCGCAUCAGCUUCCCUCGACAUGACGCAAAUGCCAUUAAAAAUCGUUUUAUCUCAUUUUUCCUGUAUAAUCAUUACUCCUAGAAUACUUUUAUUUGUAAUCAACCCAUAUUUUUACAUAAUUGUAAUUUUACAGGCGGCCACAGUACGUUCUUCGGACUUCUCAACACUUUCGUCCACAUUAUCAUGUACGCGUACUACAUGUUGGCAGCCAUCGGACCGGAAAUGCAAAAGUACCUGUGGUGGAAGAAAUAUUUGACAGUACUCCAAAUGGUAGGCAAAGUCGUCUGGUUUUUGUUUCGCUUAAAUUUCUAACGAAGCGUCGUCUCACCUGUUUGUGUUUUUCAGAUCCAAUUCAUUAUGGUGUUCGUGCACGCCACCCAGCUGUUAUUUAUCGAAUGCGACUAUCCGCAAGCGUUCGCUUGGAUAAUUUUGAUGCACGCCGUCAUGUUCUUCUUUUUGUUCUACAAUUUCUACCAACAAUCCUACAAAAAAAGGGUGAGUGUUGUUUAAGGACACGCAUGGUGGAGUACACGGGACAGAAUCCCUGGCAUUUUAUGUUCGGAGAUGGAAUGUGGGUUUGGUCGAUGAAAGUACAUAAGUAUUGGAAGUAUUAAAGGGUAAACAGAAUUUUUGGUGAAAUAUAGAUUGAAAAUAAUCAGGAUCAAGGCGGCAUUUUUAGAAUUCGGAAAUGAAGUUAGAAGAAAUAGAAGAAAACUCAAAUGAUAAAUCAUUGUUGUGAGGUCACCUUUGAAGUACGGGUUCGAGUGUUAGACAUUGAAUAUAAAAGAUAUGAAAUACAAAUGGACUUAGCACAAAUUAGAAUAUUAAGAAGCGGUUUAUCUAUCUAUAUGUCCCACAUAUUUUAUUAUCUCAGUGAUCCAACUAAUGGGCAACAUGGUAAAAUUGCGUUACUUAGAAUUUGAAUUAUGACGUUUAAAAUUUAAAUUAGAGUUUAAUCAUGAACGAACAUAAUUUAAAGAAUAGAAAAUUUUCCAAAGUCUAGCGUAGCUCUUUUUAAGAAAAAUAAGCCUACCUUUUUACUUUCUCAAAUAAAAAGAUAGGUAACAACUAUUAAAAAAAAAAGAAAGUAAAAACUAACACGAUUGUAACUUUUUUUUGUUUAACAUGUAGGGGCACACGGAGUAUACCAUUUUAAGUGAUUCAUUUAAGUGGGUAUACUAAUUAUCUCGGAAAGUAUUAAUUUUUUCCGGAAUUUGUUUUCUGUAACACUUAAAAAACAAGUUGCUUCACAAUUUUAUACUUGUGUUAUUUUUUGUCACUAUUAUUUUUUAGAGAUAAAACCACUACCUAUUUUUGAUUUUCAAAUGGCAACUUAUAUUAAAAAGUCCAUAAAUAAAUUGAGAAUUAGUUAAAAUAAAUUUUAGAGUUGACAUUUUUUAUUUUCGUCGAUCCGUUGACGGGAUAUUCAACUUUUAAGUAUGGGUUGGCGGAGAGUAGUAGAGGAGUAUCACCAGUGUGGCGGUACGGCGCGUGGCGUGUUAAUAAUGCACCGCUACUCUCCUCCAACCCCAUACUUAAAAGUGGAAUAUCCCAUCAACGGAUCGACGAAAAUAAAAAAAUGUCAACACUAAAAUUUAUUUUAACUAAUACUCAAUCUAUUUAUGGACUUUUUAAUAUAGGUCGCCAUUUGAAAAUCAAAAGUAGGUAGUGGUUUUAUCCCCAAAAAAUAACACAACUAUAAAAUUGUGUCCUUAAGUGUUAUAGAAAACAAAUUCCAGAAAAAAUUAAUACUUUCCAAGAUAAUAAAUGAAUCAAUUUAAAUGAAUCACCUGGUAUAUAUAUGAGGUGAUUGAUACGGAAAUGUGAGUGCGGUGUAGAGGGCGAGAAUAUGAGUGUAGCUGACCAGGAUAUAGGCGAAGAUGGAGAAUAUAUGAUAAUUAUAAAUCGACGGUGUUUUGUUGAAAGGUUGUCUAUCAAAUUUCAUUUUUUUCUAGGAAGCAAAAUACAAUUAUUUUGCAAAAAAAAAAAAACAGCAAAAAAGUUAUUAAUGAUGUUUAUCAUGGAAAACAAUACAAUUACUCGUACCCAUAAUGCCUUGUUGUAAUUACACAAAGUAUACAUGCAUUGAAUGUGGUAUACGCCCUUUUAACAAAUUAAUGUUGAUUUAAUUAUAUUUUAAAAGCGCGCCCGGAUAUAUUUUAGUCGACAUUACCAACUUAAUUUUCUGUAUUUUAAUAUUUACCAGUUUAUGCUCUUAAUUUUUCUGAUACCGAAAACGUAUUUUUCGAUUACUAGCGGUGUAUGCCCUUUUCACAAAACGACACCAUCGAUAAUAUUCUGUCAGUGUUUGAUGGUUUCUUUUUUUCUCUAUGGUUUUAUUGUGCAGAGCGACGCGAAAGCGGCCCAGAAGAAGAAAAAGGACGACGACGACCGGGCGCACGGCAGGCAAGUCUCGCCCGCGGUUACCGAAAAACAGUCGUUCUGGGCAAACAUGACGUCGACGCCGUGUUUCUUGCCGGCCGUCACCGAUGUGGACAGCCAGGGAUCGCGAGACAAUUCGCCGGUCAAGGGGGGAACCGCGUACUCGGCGCCACCGCGGCACGGAGCCGCGCACAACGCUUUUGUGUCCGGCGAAUCGUCGCUCCGGAACAGGGCGUUCGUGUCCAAGUCAACGAACGGCGCGUGA